AGCAGUGUUUGGGGUGGCGCGCCUGUCACCGUGGGUUUUGCUGCUCGGAGAUUUUCCCACAGAGAUGGUAGGAGACCCGUAGCAGACUGUAGGGCCUGCUUGGCUGGGCAUUUAAGCGACAACCGUACCGUUAGAGAUCCGCGCAGCCCGGAGAGUAACGUGGAGAGGAGCGGGACAACAGACGAGGUAAACACACCCGCUUCUGUGACUCUAACCGUAACAAACAACCACAAUGUCAUGAUAACAUUUUUGACAAAUCCACACAUACCCAAACUAUUUCACUGUUAGCUUUGUGAUGGCGGACAACUAGCAAAGCUGCUAAGUGAAUUAGUUAGCAAGCCGGUGUUAUAUCGAAUUGCGCUACCGAGCGAGAUGUGGCACAAUGCGGAUCUGCGCAGGCGGAAAGUCCUAAUCCUUGUCAUCACUGGGAGAAGUCCAUACGAGAUACGCCUCACCUGAAAUCUUUAAUACAGUUUACGUAAAAAAGGAGACAUGCUCCCCCAUACUUAUGCAGAUAAUAUGUGCAGAUACAAUAUGUUGUGGUGAGACUUAAAGAUGCUGGUGUGGCAGAAUGUUUUGAUUGAGCAUAGUCUACCAAGAAUCGCUCUUCUUACAAUCUCAGUCAACGGUUUAUAACACAUAGCCAAAACAUGCUUGUCUUUUUCUAACAGUACAUUCUUGUGUUUGAUUGGAGAGGGGUUCAUAGCUUGAUCAGUCUAUUUGCGUUACAGUAGUAUUUCCGACAAUGCAACACAACUCGCCAGAACACCGGCUAGCAGGCAGCAAUUGGAUAUUAGCUAACUUAGCUAACUUUGUAACGUUAGCCUGCUAAAGUUGUACAGCUACAGAUAACGAACACGUUAAGUGUUUCAGUUCUGUUAACGUGCUACUGUCUCGUCAGUUAGUUUUGCAUUAUUAGGAGAGUUAGAGGUUAGUUAACUGGCGUAAAUGCGGGUACUUAAGUAAAACUGGAAACAUUUGAUUGUUUCUCUGAGGCUAGCGGGCUAGCUUAUUGGUGGCUAGCUGGCUGGCUUUAGCAUUCAUUGCAGACUAGUGAGCCUUUUCUGAAAGAUACACUCCCGAUGUCAUAUGUCUGGUGGAUAUAAACUGGAAUUUGGGAGAAUGCAAAAGUAAGGAUUACAUUUUUUUUUAAUCGAAGUCUCAGUUGGUGGACCCACACUUGCAUGGCAGGUUAAAGUUAGCCUGUGUUGUUUAACCGUGUCUGAGUUGAUAUGAUCAUCAAAUUGAAUAUCAAGGUUGUUUAGGUGAAUGGUCAGGGAUAAUUUAAGCACUUAUUCUCUAGUAUAAGUUACUCUGAAGAGGAAGGAAUGACAAUAAUUGUUACCUGUAACUUUUAAAGGUGUUGACAGUAUCACGACUGCGUAUCAGAUGGUCUUUGGUCACGCACAACACCAGACUGGGGAAAUGGGUAAACAGAGAACUGCCAAAAGACGCUACUAUUUUGUAAAGAUGUGCCACAACAUUUCUCUACCCUGGAGUUAGGCCUGGGCCUUAGAGAUAUACAAAGAAUCCAGUGAUAAUGGUAUAAAUAUGAUAAAUAGUUAAAGAUUUAAGAGUGUCUUUGAGCUUUGAAGCAAAGCUCUUGUGUCCAUCUGUUGUUUAUCAUGUUUUCAACAUCUGUUUGUAACACGGCCCUCGUACAUCCAAAAUUAAUCCAAAAAGCCUCCUCCUACUGAGUUGGCAUCAAUUAAUCUGAGAGUUGUUUAUAGCUUCAAUGAAAUUUAGCUGAUCACACCAAGUGGUGUAAACACUAUUGUACCCAAGCCUUCAUCCAUUAGUAAAACAGAUAACAAUUGGUUUGUGAACCAUUCAGUUUGCACUGCAGGUUAUCUGCGGAUUCAUGGCAACUUUAUCAUCACUGUGUACAGUACGUUGUAACAAACUCUCAGUGUUGCCUAAGGUGCCCACUUCUGCUUCAAACUAACACAAACAUUAAGAUACUUCUCUGUCUGUGGGCCUUGGCCCCAUCCAGCAUGCUCUGAGUAUGUGAGUCAAUUUAGAACAAGACCAAUACCAUGUAUUUUGCUGCUCUAAGAGGGGUGAUUGUUGUUACAGGCGCCUCCAGGACCAAAAAAAGUCCACCAGAAAAUACCGGUGCAGCUGAGCAAAUGUGAUUUGUGAGUUUUGUGAUCUUUUGCACCUUUAGCUCAUGCUAAGAGAAGAGACAUUUAUGUGUCUCAAUAUACUCCAAACUUUUGAUGUAACACUUCAUAUAACUUCAUGUCAUGUUGAUGGCCCGGACAGAGCAGGCAUAAGACUUGCUGUCCUCUCUGGCAAAGAUAAAGUCUUGUAAGCAGUGCGUGCUACAGAACCUCAGAGUUCACUUUAACUUUUGCUUACUCACUGAGGGUAAUCUUGUCAUCUAAGUCUCUUCAUUCCUCUUCAUGAAUAGACAGAGAAAUGGCAAACAUUGGCUUUAUUUGCAUCAGUAUCAAAUGGGGGUUUCCUGUACCAUCGUUGCUAUUGUAUUUCUGGAGCAUUGGUUCAGGUCUCUGCUGUGAACCUUGUUUUUGCAGCUCACUUUGUCACUGUCUGUAUAUUUUAGUGCCACCUCGGAAGGGGAAACUUUCACUUGAGCAGCAGCUCUUGUCGGCUGGCUCUGAAAUAUACUUGUUUGUUCUCACUCAGUCUCUCAAACACACACUCAGUCACUCACUUUGACCUUUGAAAAGCAAGGAAGCAGCUGAGGGGAAAGUGGGAGUUGCAGCCUGUUGCCACAGUGUGAAGUCAGUGUGUCAUACCAGCAUGAGGAAAAGUUGUCAGAGUUAACAGCUCCUGUUGUUGUUGUUGUAGGGUGGCUAGGUUUACAAGGUUUGUCAUUCAGCUAACCUUUAGACAGCGUGCUUAACUGAAUGUAGGGAAAUUCAUGACUCCUAAAUGUCAUAAAUUUGAGGGCAUUAUACUACCAGGAAGUAACAACAGAAGUCUCUUCUGCCUCUUUUUGUUAUAAAAUGUAAUUUAAGCAGUGCUCAAUUUGAUCAAAUAUUUUCAUUUUAUCUUGACUUAAAACUCAGACUACCAAACAAGAUGCCGAUCUGCUUCUGGCUUUGUCUUGUGACUUUAUGUGUUUUUGUGGAGCUGUGGUGUCUGCUGAAAGGGAGUCCUAAUGUAAGCCAACACCUCCCCUGACAUCACAGUCUGUCCUGAUGUGUUCUAGCUCAGGCAGCUCAAACACUGUGUAUGCGGCCCUUAGAGUCCAUUCAUGUUAUUGUUCAGAUUGUAACUUCUGCAAAAUUAGAGGACUUUGAUAGUCUUUGUCUGAUCCUUUACUAUCUAAGGUCUCUAUAAGUCUUUCCACAAGGAGUGUUGCUGUUUGAGCAGACAUGCAGCUGUGUCACAAAUAUAAAGUGCAUUGUGUUGCAGUAAUCAGGGUACUGGCUGUUUUGUAAGCAAAUCCACCCGUACACCGUCACUGCUGGAUGUUCUUUCUACAGGCCGACCAGUACAUUAGAUAUUACACAGGCAACAAUAACACACACUGAGCGAAGAAAAAAGAGCAAACUGAAGGCACAAGCUUGACUGUUGUUUUUCAAAUUGCUCUCAGAUACCCAGAAUUGUACAGUGUUUUAAUUCUGAAUAUUAGUGUCUUGUCAUCUUGUAGGCCUGAGACGAUUGGAUUUAUUUUGCAAGUUGGAAUGUGGUGUCAAGGCUUGAUACUAACUUUUUUCACAAGGAGCGCAUGUGCUCCUGAGUUGAAAAAGUGAGGAGCACACAAAGAACUUUAGGGGCACAAUGAAAAUUGAUCAAAUGAUGAGUGUCUUAUUGGUAAGUACUGAAUUUUAGGCCCUUUGGACACAUGACAUGGAAACUAUUGAAGAAAAUGUUCAAAAUUUGCCUUUAAAUUUAACCCAAAUUACGGAAUUCUGGGGCUCCGGCCGCUCGGCACCCCCCUCCCUACACAGUUUGACACAACUCAACUUCGAAUCGAAAGAAUUUAACCACGGGCUGAAAAUGAGUCAUUACCUUUGACAAAGUGGUCACUGCACACAUGGGUAUUAGUUGACGCAGAUCCUCCAGACCCUAGGCCAGUGGUUCUCAAGUCCAGUCCUCGAGGCUCCCAUCCUGCAUGUUUUGGAUGUUUCCCUGCUCCAACACACCUGAUUCAAAUGAUCAGCUCAUUAUCAAGCACUAAAAUGGCUUAACAAGAUGAUCAUUUGAAUCAGGUGUGUUGAAGCAGGGAAACAUCUAAAACAUACGGGGGGGGGGGGGGGGGUUGGUUAAAAAGCAUCGGCAUGUUGCUGUUCUCUGUUGCAGCAACUCACUUCCUGCCCUCCAUCUGUAUUGCGCGCGUAACGCGGAAGUGACGUCAAGUGAAAACCUCCUAUUGAAGGAAAGCAGCCUUUUCUGAGAACAUCAACCAGUCAUGUAUUGAUGGUCCCUUAAUCAACACCCGACGUUGACAGCGAGGAUGCCGAGUAGAUUUAACCACGCUGCUGUUGCUAUUCCCGGUUAUGGAGAGUGAGAAGACACCAGUAGAUCCACAGUGAAUGUCCGUCGAAUAUCCAACCUAAAACUAACUGCACCGUGGUAUUUACAUCAAAACACAUUUGUUGCCUCGGCUGAUUUUUUUAUGCGCACAUGUGCCCCUAAAUACAUUUUACAAUUCGCACACAUCUAUUUUUAGUCACAAAUGCGAGUGAAACGGUCACACUGUCGAGCCCUGGGUGUACGUACCCAAGAAUAUCUACAGAUUUAUGAACAGGUAGUCUGUUUUUGGUUUGGUUUUAAGGGGAACACACUUUGAUUUUGUCCUUUUUGCACUUAAGGUUACAUUUGUGAUCGUUACCUUAAAUGCAGUUGCAUCAACAAAUUACUUUGACAUCAUACAUGUCAGAGUUAGUAAAAAUCCAUCUUAGCAAGCUUGUUUUACUUAAGGUCUUCUCACAUAUACACUCCUGAGAGUUUCUCAAAAGUUUUCAGGACAGACUACAGACCAAGUUUUCUGGACUUGUUUAUUCACACGAGUCCCUCACAGCAAGAAGUCUCUCCUGUGGGACAAGGGGAGUGGUAAGCAGGAGGGUGAUGAUUCUCAGGUGGCAGGACAUGACGUCAAAAGCAUGCUGUGAUGGAGGACAAAUCAACAGAGACCUUCAUGAUGAUGACAGAUUUGCAUCCAAUGAUAUGUGCAAACAGGCAGACAUCUAUCUCUACUGUUCUCCCUCUUUAACUUCAGAUGAUUUUAUUCAUCCUAUUGAAUGUUGCUCUCUCAGUUUAGCUCUGGCUUCAUGCUAUAAACUUCAUCAACCCUGCUUUGAACUAGUGGAGAAUUGACUCAAAUGUGUUGCACUUUCACAUCCACCCACCCAGACUGCAUAAAGGAAUUGGACUUUGGGUCUGGCAGGAAAAAUCUGGGUACAGUCAAAAGUCGUCCGUUGAUGUUCACAUGAGCAGCCCAGCCCUAAAAAAUUCAGGAGUUUUUAUGUAUGAAUACGCUGCAUGUAACAAUAGUUAUUACAAGUGGUUUUGUGCAUGAACGUACUAAAAUAAGUGUGUGAGAAUGUGAGUGUAGUUCACUCUGAAAUCAGUGAGCAACUGCUCACUUUGUGGAAAGGGCAAGAGAGUUGCCGAGGGUUACCAAGUCAAAUGUAUGGCGCCUGGAGCUUCUUGUCUCUGGCAUCCGGUAGAUGUAAGCGGUGCCAAAGAAGCCAGCUCUUUUGAACUCUUGAAGGAUUUUCAUGAACAGAUCAGGACCGACUCCAUCAGGCAAAAAUGGGUAGUGUCAGAGAGGUACAACUUUUUGAGAUAGGAGAAUAUUUCGUUUUUAUGUUUAUUGGUUUUGUUUUUCUUUACCCCAACCUUUAUUUUAGAGGAUGUGCAGACUGUCUCGCCCAUCUCCUGGAUUUUUUCUUCUUACUAAACUGAAUAUCUGUCUAUGAAUUUACAGUAAAGUUAGAUAAUCUAUUUAGUUUAGGAAAUGUCAGAAAUUGAGGAUUAGAAAUAGAAGUCGAGGAGGCUCUGCUGCUGGUUAAUAUAGAUGUGGCUAAAAAAAGGAACUAGUAAAAUUUUUGGACCUUGAACUUUGUUCAAAAUUUUAAAAAAUGGACUAUGAAGGGGUGAAGAAGUUCAUUUUGAUCUGAUUGAGCUGAACUUUUUUGUGUGAAUUUACAACACCAAGCAAAGGUAGUCAGGUCUAAGAUUAGUUGGAUUAUUCCACCAGGGAGAAAAAACAGCAGGAUAAGUAAGCACUUAAUCAAACUAACUUUACUGGACAGAAUAUAGUGCACUUUAUAUGUACCUGUUUUAGGGUGUGUGCAGUAUUUAGUACACUUUGUGAGCUUGAAGAAAGAAGUGUGGGAUGACAGUGCUCAGCUAGUUCUCAGCUGACUGAGCCUGUAUGAUGUGGUACAUUUAGAGUAUCUUCACUUAAUGGUUUCUAUCUUUUGCUGUGGAUGACUAAUGUGCUGACAGCAGACAAAUGUGCAGAAGUCCUCCAUGCAUCAAUUUGUCACAUCCAUCUCUGCUCACUGUUGGUCAUCUAUGAAAGCAUUUAAGAGGAAGUCAAACCUCACUAUCUGCUUCACAUUAUAAGACAAAUGCUGAGAAUAUGUAAGAUGAAAUAUCUUAGGUUCUGGUCAGGGCACUUUGGCUGUGUUGCCUGUACAUCAAAUACUAUUAAGAUUGUGUUAAAAUUGCAGCACUUAUGAUCUCAAUGAAUAAAUUAGACUUUUAUCUGCUAGUAAUUUCAUUCAUAAAACUGCUGUUUGUGAAAUUGUGAGACUGUAGAAAACCACAGAGGGAAAGCUGUGCUGCACACUGACAGAGGAGCUUCCCAAUUGUGGAGCACAUUUUUGGUACACUGGUUUAAUGUGCUUGUGGAGCUUUUAUUGUGUAAGCAAACUAUAUUGGCAUUGAUUUGGACCAAAGAGUGGAAAAACUUGAUUUGUGCUUGCCCAGUCUGCAGCACACCUGACUUGUAUGUUGAUUGUCACAACACACAGUGAGGGCAAAUUCAGACCAGCACAGGCGGUGCAUAAAAACCUGAUACAGAAAGUUCCAGGGCCAGAAAUUGAUCAGAAGACAUCCUGUUAAUGACUGAGCAGCUGUGCUGUUUUCUGUGCUGCAUUCUACAUGAGGCAUCUUUGCAAAAGUCAAAGUUUAACUUAAAGUUAAAUGUUUGAUAGAAAUGCUGCUACAUUUAAUUUCUUAGCAUAGCCAAUACUGAUUUUGCACAAAUCAAGUGGUUUCAACGUACCACUGUGCUUGUCUUUUAGACUAAGAUGAAGUUUGAGCAUGAAAGGUUUUGAUAUUUGUGCCUCAAUGAAGAAUUCCCAUUAGAUAACAGAAACAUGCAUGUAGUUUUAGGUAUUCAAAGUGAACUUCAAAGACAGAGUUAAGAUGUUUGAUUGUGAGUAUGAGUCCAUCUAUUGAUGAGUCAGUUUUUCAGGUUUCUGUUAGUGCACAGUUGUCUUAAACUGCUAGAUAAUGGCCCACAGUAGGUAUUUUUUUAAUUCAAAUAUCUGCAUUUGUAUUGGUUUACCCGAGUUGUUGUACACAGCGAAUCACAGGCCUGCACACCGGCCUAAAGCCUCAUAUUGAGUAGGUAUCCUGUGGUGCCAUGUGAGGUUUGAAUGUUUGUAUUCUUGCCAUCAGCAGCACUUUACCACCAGUGUCUGCUCCAUGUUUAUUAUGACUCAUUUUAUUUGCCAAGUCUGAUUCCAUUUCACUUUUUUUUUAUUUCUCUUAUAUUGUUAGAGCUGCUCCUCUAUUUUUGUCGGAUGUUGAAAUCAUUAGUAAUAUUUGCAGUUUUCCAGAUUUCCUUUCUUUUACAAGCACAGUGGAUGGAAAGUCACAUAAUUGUUACUCAUUUUAUUUAUGUAAAUGAUGUAGACGAUUGAUAAUACUGGUAAAAAAAAUCUACCCUGAUAGUGUAUCACACAUAUUUGUUGUUUUUAAUAGUUCAGAGUGGUGACUGUGACACUGGAUGAUGAGCCCCCCUGUUGAACAUGUAUGUUUUUUCAUUGUAGAUUAGAGAAAAAGAACUUGAUUGAUCCCCAAAGGGAAAUUCAAUAUUGACAGAGGUGAAACUCUUCUUGAUUGGGUUCUGUUUCAGGACUCUUGUUCUUCAUAUCAAUUAGGUUUGAGGUUUAUAAAUGAAGACUGCAGCUGAGAGGACGGGUUGGUUAUUCUCUUCAUAGACAGCGACAGUAACUCAUACAUCUAUCAUGUCCUAUAGAGUAGCAUAUGUUACCCAGCAAAUAAAACCUGUAAGCCCAGGUGUCAGUCAGUCUUUAUGAGCAGUGUCAUGAGGAUUUAGGGUCAGUCUAUUGCUUGGCUUAUAACUGUUUUCAUUAUACAUUUGUCAGGACGGUUGAGAGUGAUGGCGAAUGACCGCUGUUGGACUCUGUCCCGGUCUCAUCAUUUCUCCCUCAGGUAUUUUUUUCUGUUCCAGCUGUCACCUGUCUGCUCUGUAUGGGUGGCUGUUUAACUGUGUCAACCUUUUCUUACUGUCAGGGUCAGUCGUUUGGCUCAGUGACUGAAUUUAUUACUGUGACUGUCCAUCACUUUGUCCCCCCAGGAUUGGACAUAAAAAAUUUUAUGAGACCAUAUUCAGCCUGUCAAGAAUUGUCAAACAUUUGUGUAAAAAGGAAACCAGGAAACUUUUUGGUGUAAAGCCUGAUCUAAUAAAGUAAAUACUCCGCUUGUUUAGUUCAUACACGGCAACAUUUGCUCAAGCAUCACCAUUGUUUCAUCUUCCUGUGUUUAAAAUACAUGGACCAGAUGGGGCCAUUGAGCAGACUGAAGGGUCUGGCACUGUGAAGUUGUUUGAGUGUCUCCUGUUUUUGCUUUCUUUGUAUAGGAUUAAAAUGGUGACAUAGGUCCAGCAUGUUGACCAAAGGCUCCUGGGUGUAAAGCAACAAAUGGAUAUGAGUCCAGUUCUCCUCUUUGUUUCCAGAAUGCUUUUAAUACCAAGAAAUUUCUCUGUUUUUACCAGGUUUUCCAACAAUGGACUGAGUGUGCACGUUAUAGUGUACAUGUCCAGAGCAGUGAUGACAAUGGGCUGCUUAAAGUAGGGGUGUCCCAAUAAAACAUUUUUACUUCCAAUAUGAUACCCAUAUCUUAGCCUUCUGUAUGGGCUGAUACCGAUAUUAAUGUGAUAUUGGCACAAACUUGUGCAUGACAAGUUUUGCAUUCAGUUGCAACAUCUUCAGUAUCUUAGAACACACUGUUGUUGUGAUCACGUUGGAUCAGCAUGCUGAAUCCAGGUGCUGCUAGAUAGAGGUGCUGGAGCAGAGUCUGGAAUGGUUUGCUUGUAUAUCAAAGAUUUUAGAUGCAGGCUGAUAUAAUCCAAUAUAUCCUUUUUUUUCUGAUAUCAGACCAAUAUCGAUGUCAAUAUUGGAUCAGGACAUCUUUAGCUUAAAGCCAUCUUUACAUACUCCAGUUUGAUCGUGGAGCUGAAGGAAGUCAUCCUGAUGGGUAACACAAUGGUGGGAAGGCACUUGAUCUGUCUGUUGGUGAGGAAAGUUGAUGCUGAUUCCAGUGAUAGAGGUUUUGUGAAUAGGAGUAAAAGAUGUUUUUAAGACUUGAUUCCUUGGAGUGGGUUUCACCUACCGAACACUUUGGUAUGUAAGAUGAUCUUUCAGCACAGUUUUUGUUAUCUAUAAGUGAGCAGCGUUCUUUAGGAGUGACCAACAUACUAGGAUAAAUGCAAAGGAGGUAUGUUAUUAUGUAAUAGUAAUUUAUCCCAAUUUUGCACUUAAAGGAGCAAAAAUCUUCUGCUAUACACAAAGCAUAAUGGACUGGACAAAUAGAGAGUUGAACCAGUCUAGCAGCAGCACUUUUUGAUGUAUUUCUACUUCAGGUGCUUUGCCAAAGAUUUGAAGAACAAUUCAGAUUAGUUUUAACAGCAUUAUCAGUCAUUUUUUGAAAUCUUUGGCGUAACCCGAAAUAUUAGCCUAAUGGGGCACAGAUAGUCUAGUGGUCUAAGGGCACCCUAUAUACCCGGCAGUCCAGGUUUGAUUCCAGCCUUUGGCCCCCUUUCUGCAUGUCACUCUCAGCUCUCCCCUGGUUUUCUGCUUUAUCCACUGUCCACUAUCUGUCAAUAAAGGCCCCAGAAGCCUUUAUGAGUGUAAUGAGUGGAGGGCUGUACUGCUAGACCUCUCUCUCUCUCUUUCUGAUCAUCUGCAGUAGAGCUUGUGUCAGGUGCUGCAGGUUGUUAUACCAGUGAGGCAUAGAGAGAUCAUCAGAAUAACUGCAAAUGGUGAUCUUUUAAAUAAAAGUACUAAGUGUUCUCUCUAUGAAGGACACUGUAAUAAUAGUCAGACUGUAGCUAGAAGACACACAAGUCUAUUAGUGGAUGCUUUGACAUUUGAUGAGGUUGAUGUCUGUUUGAAAAUGAGUUAAACUUGAGCUCCAGUCCAGUGCUUUCUCUUUGAAAUGGCUGAUUAACUUGGUAGCAGAUCACCGGUGAAGUCACUGGGUAUUAAACUCUGAGAGCAGUAAGAUAGCAGACUUAGCCCCGCCUGGCACCAUUCUGCUGAGUGCCUUGUAGUCUUCCCACGCAUCAGUUAAUUCUGGCCCUGUCCCUAUCUUCUUAAUUGGGUUCCUCCUAAGCUGCUUAAAAGCUGCCUGCCCUGACUCGAGGUCUAUGUUGGGUGAAGAAUCGGUCUGUGUGUCAAUCUGCUGAGGCUGCAGCUGCUGUGAUCAUUUAAUCAUAUCAGAAAUGUUUGGGUCCUAAUUGGACCUUUGGUUCAGGAAACUGUGGGUGGAGUGAAUCCUGUAGCUGAGACAAUUAAUGAGAGCUGAACGUAUUCCAACUCACCAUUCAAAUGAGGCUUCAGUGUAUUUUCUGACUAAUUUUAUUUUCAACAUGUAUUCCCUUUCAUAAUUUGGAUUGCAUAUCAUAUUACUCUAUUUUAUGUCUCAGUUCUUUAUGUUUCCUCAUUUUUGUAAAUGCAUAUUUUUCCUGUUUUUAAUUUUAACACCUUUGUCCCACCUGCAGUUUAUCCUUAUCACAAAUUCCUGCUCAUGUACACUACAGGCCAAAAGUUUGGAAGCAAGGCCAUUACAGGCCCAACACUUGUAGUAACUUCAAGUUUUUUUUCACAAUGCUUUUUUUUUUAAUCCAGCAUGAGUUUUAUGUAUUUUGGGAUGUAUUUACUCCAUGAUCAGAUGUUGCUUUCAUGGAAAUGCACCAUUUUACUCCAUUUACCUUCAGAUUUACAUUGAUGUUAACAGACCAUUGCUAAAUAUAUGUCAGCAAAAGAUAAUAAGGGCUUAGUUUUAGGGUUGAAAACUUUGCUAGAGUCACAACUUUAGUGCAAAAGCAAAAAAACAAAUCACAGUUAGAUUAUUCACUUCAACUUUUUGGCUUUUGAGAGUCUGCAUACAAAAAUUCUAAUAAAUCUCAACUGCGUUCAAACUACCGCAAAAAUGGCUAGAAAGAAGCAACUGAGUCAAGAAACAAAAGUACAGAUUUGUACAUUGAGGAAAGAAGGAUACACAGAAAGAGAAAUCGCAAAACACUUAAAGGUGCUUAACAAAGGAGUCCACUACACUCUGAAGAGACUAGAGGAACCUGGAAGUUAUGAUGAUAGGAAAAGACCUGGACGAAAGAGAGUUACUACAAAAGCACCAUCACGCCGUAAAAAAUUCCUAGUCUGUGAAUCCUGUUCAUUGACAAUGGCAAUAAAACCCCUUCUGAUUAUUAUUCUGACUAGAAACAAGUUUGCACUGUUUGGUUCAAAACGCAGAGUCUAUGUCUGCAGACAAACUGGUGAAUGUCUGAAAGCACCAUGUGUUACACCCACAAUUCAUCAUGGAGGUGGUAGUUUCAUGGUAUGGGGAUGUGUUGCAGGUGAUGGAGUAGGAGUUUUGUUUUAAGUAAAGGGUAUCAUGAAGAAGGAACAGUACCACUCCAUCCUCCAGCACCAUGUGUUUCCAUCUGGACUCAGACUUGUCGGUCAUAAAUUUAUUUUGCAGCAAGACAAUGACCCUAAGCACUCUGCCAAGCUCUGUCAGGAUGACCUAGACAAAAAAGAAGAGGAAGGUGUUCUUCAAAAGAUGGCUUGGCCCUCUCAGUCUCCAGACCUUUCUCCAAUUGAGCUUGUGCGGGAUGAAUUGGAUCGAUUGGUCAGAAAAACGUGUCCCACGAAUCAGCUGUCUCUUUUGAAUGAACUUAAGAAAGCUUGGAAUGCAAUCCCUGGAACAUACCUUAAAAAACUUGUGGAACGAAUGCCUGGUAUAUGCCAAGCUGUUGUUAAAGCCAGAGGAGGUUACUUUAAAGAAAGCAAAGUCUAAGCAACAAUAACUCAAAUAUCUAAUAGUUAUAGUCAAAAUGUCUUCUAAUAAGUUACACAAUAGUCAUGUUUAUUGUGUUGCAAAUUAUAUAUAUGAAACUAUGAUCUUUUUUUGUACAAAUCUGAUCUCGCUUCCAAACUUUUGGCCUGUAGUGUAUAUCCUGAUGGGGUUUUCAGCAUGAUACCACUUGAUGUUUCAACUGGAACAUCUACUAGACCUCUUAAAAUCUGUAGUUUUGGUACACGGUACUAAGAUGAUAGCAGCAGGUUUAGUGUUGGGCUUUAUGACCAAAAUCUUAUAUCACGGUAUGAGUAAUUUCAUAUCAUGGUAAUGUUAUAUAUCACGGUAUGUUUUUUCCCCCCUGGAAAUCCAAUUAAUGGCUUAAAAAUAACUAUACUGUCACAUUUGUUCAUUUUCCUUUUAUUUUUAAACUCGGAUUUGUAAACAGAUACAAACAAAAUGCCAGACCAGUCUGGCGAUUUUUUUUUAUCCAAAUGGUGUACCUUUGGCGAAAGACUCUCCCAAGCUCUUUUGUAUAAGAGGAGCUGCUGCAGCUUUAGUUUUUGGCUCUUUUAGCUCUCAUAAUAGAGCUUGGGGUGUUUCGUCUUUAGGUGGUGGAAGAGGUUGCUGGUGUUUCCACCUCCAGCAACGACAGCCACAUCACACUCUUUGCAUUGUAAUGUUUUUUGAUUAUUGUCCGAUUGAUUAUUGAUCCGAAAAAUCUCCAGACAACUGAUGUCGCGACCUGCACCCUUUUUCAGAAUGAGUUCCUCCUCCUCUUCCUCAUGUUGGGCGGGUCGGACUGCCUCCAUUUGUUUGGUACUGUCACUAAACUCUGCCUCCGCCAUGACCACCACCAGUGAAGCUGUUUCUUCUUCAUCGAAACUAUGCCAAGUAGUCUGCUGGACACGCUGGUGAAAAUACCCAAACGGAUGUGCGCCGGCUCUCCUGUUAGCAAGCGCAGACUCUACAGACUGACUCAGAGAGAUGCAGCAGACUUCUACUCUCUCUUUCUGGUAUAAAUGGUAUAGCAAAAUUUCCACCGGAAGACACUUUUAUACCGUCACACGGUAUAUACCGUCAUACCGCCCAACACAAAGCAGGUUCUUGGAGUCCCACAAAUUGUGAGGUGGGGUCUCCAUGGAUCAGACUUGGUUGUGAUCAUAGACUGUAUAUACUUAGGACAACUUUCGUUGUCGUGGUUCCGCCUACUACCUGUAUACGGAUUUGAAGCCAAAAAGCUCUGGAUAUUUCUGGGAUUUUUCUUCAUUUCCUGAAACCAGCGCUGCGCAGUAGCGAUGCGCGCAUUCGGGCGCAUAGUCGCCGAGAGUCGCUGUGAUGAUGCUCGGCUCAAACAGCAUAUCCCCUGGGAGAGCUAAGCAAUCCCUGAAUGCCCAUAGGCUGUAUAAGGUGUCAAUCAUAGAAAACAUGAACCCCCUAAUAACUUUUAGAAACGGAGCUGUACAGAAAAAAACAGACUUGAGCACGAACCAGGCUUACAGUAACUACAUGUCAACAUCACAACCAGGUGGGAGAAACAUUUAUGUCCUGUGUAAUAAAUUUCUCAAGUUUGUCCACAGCUCCAUGAGCUUUGCUGGCGGAGGCGGGAUUUAUGACCUAUACUGCAGCCCAUCAACAGAGGGUGCUGACAUAGACACAACUUAGAGUGUUUACCUGCUGCCUACUGACAGGAGUCGUUGUAAAGAGAUAAUCUUUGAUAUUAACUUCAACAGUCAGUGGUCAUACUUCUAUGGCUGACUGGAUUAUAUGGACGAGAGCAGUGUUGUUUUUGGCAGGCAUUUUAGAUUUAGUUUUAGUCUUAGUCAUUUUGACGAAAUGCCUCUUCGUUUUAGUCCCAUUUUAGUCAUUUCUAUCCUUGAUAGUUUUCGUCUAGUUUUAGUCCGACAAAAACUCAAAAGGUUUUAGUCUAGUUUUAGUCGACAAAAAGGUGCCUUUUGAGGUUCGUGGUGAUCUUUCCCGACAGUUUGAAGCCGCAGCAUGAGGAAGCUGUGGCUCCACAACUUUCGUCUGUCUCGUCUCCUCGUCCCCGUACAGGACAUUAUGUUUUAUUGUCACUUGGACUGUAUCUGAAGUACAACCAAAAAUCAUCCCUCUUUUUUCGGCCACCGCUGCUGUGCCUGCCGCCACGGUGUGUGUGUGCGCGCGCCUCGUCCACCUGCCGCUCUGUGUAUGUGUAUGAGUGUGUGCGCGCAGCUGUGCGCGAGUGAGGCUUUCGGUGCGUGUGAGGUGGGGACGUGACUGUUAGGACAAAAAAAAAGCGUUUAUUGAAACUUUGUUCGUCCACCUAAUAACAAUUUAGUCUCGUCUCGUUCUCGUCAGACGAAAAUCAAUACAAUUUUCGUCACAUUUUAGUCUUUACAGAAAAGUUUUGUAACUCGAUAAUGUUUAUAGGGGAGCGAAAGAACAGUAGCAUCCAGAAUCCUCAUGUGCUAAACUAGCUUUCUGCGCAACUACCCAUGCUUAAACUUUAAAAUCUGCUUGACAUCAGAGGAAUUAGCAAGCUACCAAGUCUGAGAGUACAGUAUAGAUUUGAAAGGACGGGUCAGAGGAAUCAGAAUAUCAAAAAGUACUUUUUAACAGAAACCCAGAAGAAUGAGUCGUGUUGGUUUACAGUACAGUAGACUGAUGCUAGAGCUCUGCAAUGUAGCUGACCUUUACACCAGACAGCAGUGAGGUGAAAUACAAUCAGGGCACAGUCAUAAUGUAACUGAGAGGAAGACGUCUGUUUACUGCAGUGAAUGAAGAGCUCUGUUCUGAGGAACCCAAAGUUAUUGGGAUAACUUUGGAUAUUUAUCCAGCUUUGUAACUUCAAGGUAAAUCUAAUUUUUGUGAAUGAUUUUUGACUUAGUGAACAUUAAAUAACGCAGUAGUCUUCACAGCCUGCAUGCUGGGUAAAGCAACAGUUUGGACACAGAUUUCUUAAAGCUUGUAUUGAUGAAAGUCCUGAAUAAACGGGAUUAUGAAUUGAAGUUAUAUUUGGAGAUUUUGCUAGAGUUUUUAUUUUUCAGCUGUUCUGAUCUUUGUCCUAAAAAUUAUCACAUUUCUGUUUUAGAGGAACCAUGGGACACGGAGUGGGCUGAACCAGAGGGUCAAGCAGCACACACCAAUCGUAAGCACAGAUUGUUUUUCCAUUCGUCUGUCCAUUUUAUAUCAUGCUAAAGGAACAAAUGAUGAAAUAGAAUAUAAUGUAAGUAAAUGUGGAUAAACAUUAGAAUGUAAAAGCUGAUCAAAAGAAUAUUCACCUGUUCCCUUUUCACUUUUUUUUCCUCUUUCUAUCUCAUGUGUUUGUUUUGUGUGUGUGAUUGUGGUUUUGUAGGUUUCCCACUGUGGUGUAUGACAUGGCCACGGCCUCGUCUCGAGCGGAGUCUAGCCAUAACCACAGAGGAACGUCACAGCUCCAUGCAGUUGGUGAGUCCACACACAGCAGGCUGUGUCAUGAUCUGUGGGGUUGACAGUCUCAGGGUCCCUUAAGCACUGGGUCAGCAAGUCAGAAAGGCUUUUUUAUUUUCAGUUUAUAAUGAAUUGACUGUUUCACUCAGAAGAUCACAAGUGGGUCACUUUGCUCUUUCAACAGCCUGACGUUCAUAAACCAAGAAUUAAUUUGCUGGUUUUAAGAAAAAAAAUGCAAACUGUUUUUUGGCAGUUGCUCUUUUACGGCACAGUAGCUGGUCCAAGGUCUGUGUCUGCUGAGGUUUACAGCACACUUCUACAUCUGUAAAACUACAAAUGAAAAGAAGCUACCACAACUGACUUUCAGCUUUGAUGCCGUCCUACAAGAAACUAAAGUACAAUGACGUACGAAUUGUGUGCGAUCAUCAGCCUCACAUACCCGAACAGGCCUACAGUCACAGUACAUUUUAGACAGGUCAGUGCAAAGACGUGUGUUGUACACAGACAGUGGAAUUGAGCAGAUCAUUCACACGAAUUACGCAUCCAACGUGCUACUCACUUAAAAGGUCUCUUCACAAGAGUUGAAAUCAUCUGAACUCAAGCAAAUGUUUAUGCUGCGAUAACCAAUCUCGAUGGAGUUUCCCCAGUGAUUUAUAUCAAUAACAGACCGGCAGAGAUUCACUCAUGAGGACAAUGAAGGAUCAACUGAUCCUGAUAGUAUGAGACCACCUGAGCUGGAGGCUAAAACUUGUCUGUGAGUAAAAAAGGGCUCAGCUAGAGGAAAGAGUGAGGAGGUCUGACUGUCUGGUUCAAACAACAGAUCCUCAGUAUGUGAUAAACCUCUGCUCUGUUUGAUGUAAACAGACUGACCUGACAUGUAAGAACCCCUCCUCUCUCUCUCUUUAGCAAUCACACAUAUGUUUGGACGCUUUGCAGAUGCGGUAAUUAAACGAGUAAGCACACAACAUUUGCACUUAUUAGAGAAAUUUUUUGCAUUUGGUAUGAAUGCAACAUAAGGGUUCACCUCACAGCCAGACACUGUUUAAGCUUGAAAACCUCAGGUAAUUCUUUAAGAGCAAACAGAGAAAUUGACACUCAAUGAUUUGUUUUUGUCUUUUAUGACACAACCUUGUCUAAUUGAUUAUUUCUGUCAAGCAUCAUCUGUUCUGAAAGAGAACAAUGAAACAAGAUUUGAUUAGUGGCAAGAUUCAAGCUUUUUAUGGUUUAUUUCGGCAGUAUGUGAGUACAUACACAGGAAUCAAACAACACAUUUCUAUCCAGCCCACGGUGCAAAAAACAAAAAAAAAAGAGUAAUUAAAAACCUAGAAAAAAAAGUACUAAAUAGAAGAGUAUCAUGUAAUAGAGUGGGAGAAAGCUUUAUGUGUCUGCAUCUAUCUGUGUGCCUACUAUGUCUUUACAAUCCUAUACACAUACAUCCUAUGCAUACACAUGCAAACCUAAUAACCAGAAAAAUUAUUGUGCUCUACAUAUUAACACAUGACCUAGAGUGCAGGUGGUGGUUUCAAUCUGCAGUAUUUCUUUGAUGUAAACAGUAAGCAUUCAUGUAAUCAGUGGAGUUGUAGUGCAAGAAGAGAUUAUAAGGUGAAAAAUACAGAACCAGGUGAUUCUGUAACGGCAGCAGCAGGGAUUUUUAUAGUGCAAAUACGAUAUGUCCAGGAAGAGUUGAGAGGGGUUCAGAGUCCAGUGUUUUUAGGGGCAGAGGGGGGGGGGGGUAAAUGGUAGUGGCUAUUGUUUGGUCAAACUCAACUCUCAACUACACACCAAUAUGCUAAUAUGCUUUAAAAUAUGUGUGUUUACAGUUGUUGUAUACUGUUACACCAAUAAAUAGUGGAUGGAAUAUCUUGGGAUAUUCCUGUAGAGUGUGUGUGUGUAUAUAUAUAUAAGGUUGGUCGGGCCGCAGCUCCCUUUGUAUGGACUUUGCUUGUGAACUGCUCAAGAAUGGAGGCUGGCACUUAUCUAUGUGCAGCCCCCUUAUUCUGACAUUUCCUGGAUCCGGACUGUGUAUGUGUGUGCAAAUUACAGCCUGUGCGGGAAGCAUGAUCAGUAUCACAGUGUAACAAAUGAAUUUCGUCUCAGAGAUGAGUGAUAUGACAUUAAGUUUUUUUUUUUUCUCUCUCAGUUCUGAUUGUGCUGCUCUGCUUAUCUGAACAGGGAGGGUUCUUGUUUUGCAAUGUCAUCAUAAAAUAAAAAGAGCUGUCAUGACACCAGAAUAUCAAACUUUGAUAUGAUACCACGGUGAAAAUCAGACAAUCAUGACGACUGUUGUGAUAUCACAGCAAAGCAAGAACUCCUGGGUACUCAGAAUGGAUAUUUGAUAUCUGUACUUUAAUGCUUUCCAACCUCUCUAACAAAAAUGUUGCAUUUGAAUGACUGCCAACAGUAUUUAAAGGUCAAAUCAGUAUUUUUUUUCUUAAAGUUAAUGUAUAUUCCUGAUACAAUAUCUCCUCUUCAUUAUCAUACACAAUCAAGAAGAAAUGUGUUGAAGUGCAUGAAUUUGCUGAGUGUACUUUCUGCCUGUUUUUCUAAUUUCUUUCUUCCUAGUGUGGACAUCUUUUACAGGUCUCAUUUAGAUUCAAUUCAACUUAGUGUUGAUCAAGAUGCUUCUAUAUUGAAGCAGUACCACACAGAGAUAACAGAAAUACCUCAGUCAUUCACUACAGUCAUAUAUUUUUGUGUUCAUAUGUUUUCAGUGUACAUACCAUCUCUGUAAAGCCCUCAUUCACUAUGACACUGCAAGGAUGCCUGUCCUUAAGGAUGAAAAUCACCUCAGACUUAACUUCUUUGCUAGCUCAGAGCUUGAUUGUGAUAUGUAGCAGACCUAGUUCUGAAACUUCCUUUUGUAUGCAAAUAGUCCAGCUUGUAAAACCUCAGUGUGGUGUAAGGUGUAAUGGUUUGUCAUAUUGUUGCAGUAUUUGAUUAUGGCCCCACAGAGCUCACACACAACAUGACUUCUCUCAAGUUUUCUGUCCUAGUUUUACACCUGAUCCCAAAAUGCAUCCAUACAACAGCUUUAAUAUUACAGUCAAUAUUACAGUCACUGGCAAAUUAAGAUAUGGCAGCACCCACAGCGCCCCCAGAGGAGUGGAGUUACAGUGGAAAUCAUUAAUCCAAGAAUUGUCUGAAUCAUCAUUGAACUGUGAAAAUAUAGUUUUGCAUUGAUGAUUCAGUUAUCUUAUUCAUUCCUUUUGCUAUGUAAUAUUUGCAUUUAUAUGUGAUCCCUUAACUAAGUGUCAGUGUUAGCUGAUCUGUGGAUAAGAGCAGGGAUAUGUGAGCUGUGACGGAGGGCAGAGCAGAGAGACGCAAACACCAGGCGGGAAGGGGUGCGUUUUCAGUGUAAUUUAACCAAAUCCAGCACCUUCCUGCACAUUAGUACAGAGGUGUGGACUUGUUUAUAAGUUCUUCAGGGCACAGCCUCUAAAAUAUCAGUUUCCCCCCUUAUCCUCUGUCAGAGCAUGCUCUCUUUCCUUUAGUCUCUAGUAGGACUGGGUGAUAAAACGAUAAUGAAAUAUAUCGAAAAUUAAUUUCCCUCAAUAUCAGUAUAAAACAUGGUCAAUAUGCUUUUUUUUUUUUCCUUUUUGGGAUUAAAAAGAAGAAAAAGGGUGUUCUCUGGGAUUUAGCUUGGUUUAGAGCAGCAAGGUGUAUGGUGUGUAUCCCCGUUCAAAGACAUGGAUACAGAUGUCCAAUUUAGUGGUGAAUUUAUUUGACUGUGGUUCAGUAGAUAAAGAUACAAAGCAACAAUCAUUACAGUUCACAUCAUACAUAGCUCACAUAUAUAAUUUAACUCUGAAUAUAAAGGACUGUAUUCAGCAAUCAAUCAUAUGAUGUAUGACUCAUAAAUUUUAAAUAAAUUAUCUCACUCCAGGCUCAUGGCAGCCACGGUAAGAAUCAGCUUAUUAGCUCAACAUCGAGUAGCAUAAGAUAGCAUUAGUCAUAUUCAUGGUAAACAAUACAUUAACACAAUAUAGCAUCCAACUUGGACAGUGAAACAUCAUAAAACUCACUUCUGGCAUUUACACACAAUAAACCCGGGAUGUGAAGAUGAAUAUUGGGUAAAAACAGGAAAGAGGAAAUUUACGAACUGUCCUCUGCUGUUUGAGGAGGAAAACUAAACUUUGGCAGCUGCAGCAUCUCACACACAGAUGCAGUGCAUUCAUUCACGUCGGAACGCCUAUGGUGCAAUCACAUGGGUAGGACAAAUGAAAACACAAAACAAUAUAACUAACCAAUAAGCACUGUUAAAUUUAUUUUUUUAUAUUGUGAUAUAAAUCAAUAUCAACUAAUAUGAAAAAAAUAUCUUGUGAUAAACUUUUUCCCAUAUCCCCCAGCCCUAGUCUCUAGAUUGGUCAACCACCCCUACUCACCCACUUUCUUUUCCUCACAGCAGCCUUAGGCAACGGAUGGACUAUAGAUUUCAUUUGGGUUUUUUUUAGAAGCAGCUUUUUGAUACCACCAAAGAUAUAAAUAACUGAGAGUGAACUGUUUUGAAGCUUAAGGUGUUGAAAAAAUAAAGUAUUGAAAUUUUAGUUAAAUCAUGUGCUGAAAAUGUCAAAUGUCACAUGUAAAGAUUGCUCACUGUUCUCAUCAUCUCCGUCAUGUUCCCUUUCCAGUGUCCUGUGCCAAAAUCAAGAGGAAGAAGAGUUUGUUUGGGACGGCCAUCUAUGUGGAGUUGACAGCAGAGGGGGAGACGCGCCGCACAGCGAAGUCUCACAGCUCCUCCAGCCCUAAAUGGGACGAGAGGCUCACUCUGUAAGAAGCUACGAGUUACAGUCUGAGUCUAUCUGUGUGUGUGUGUGUGUGUGUGUGUGUCAUAGUGUAUUCCUUCACCUUCAGCUCAUUCCUGUCUCCUCUGUCUUUCUGUUUACGCUGAAUAAGUAUAGCUUUGUGUACACAGCAUCCUUUAUAAACAAGUGUAGUAUUACGUGAAUCCUGAGUCCCUUUUUUAUUCUCAGAAGAUAAGAUGGGAGACAGACUGUGAGGCUGCCACAAACAUCUGUCUUGUAAUACUCCCCCUUCACAGACUGCUUGUAGAGAGAGCCUCUGCUGAUCUCCAGAUGGCCUGAGCUUGUAUAAAAAAAACUGUACAUCGAGAGAGAAAGAUGGAGCAACAUGCUGGCUUUGGUGCAGGAAUUUAGGAUCUAUUUCUGUCUGUACACUUUAUGUAACAAUCAUAAGGCUUGGGAACCGUUCAAAAAAUGUACAGUAUGAUAAGGGGAACCCUCGGGUGGCUCAUAUGAUGGGAACAUGAACAAGAAGAAAAGAGCCGUACCCUGUCACAUAGAGCUCUUUGUAUUUUACUGCUCUCUGCUCUCCACAUGGCUCUGCUAACUGCUUGAGAGAUGUCACUGUAAAUGCUAAUUGUCUUAAUGGGGUAAUAAUGGCUGAUAACACAGAGUGCUGCUGUAUUGCCAAGCCUGUGUUUGUGAGCUUCUAAGGCUCCUCCACACAGCUUUCAAGCUCUUUUCUCUUUUCCUUGGUAUUCCUCUUCAGGCUGAUGUACUCAGCCAUAAACACAACGACUCUUCCGUGUAUCUGGAAAGAAAACACAAGGAAGCUGCGUUAUGUGAGGCAAGAGCUUCAGUUGCUCAGCCUGCAGCCAGAGUUACUGUUGUUAGAUUUUGGGAAGGGAGUAGAUGCUGUAGAUGAAAAAGAGAGCUAGGAAUAAUAGUUUUUAUCUUUUUCUUUGCUGAAGGGAAGAAGCAGUUUAAAGGAACAAUAAUAUUUUGUGAAUGUGUGUGGGCUGUGCAAUGAAACCAUAGGUCUUUCGAUAUCCAGAUUACAGCUCAUUUUUGGAAAAAGAAAAGGCCAUAUGGAAUGACGACACAGAUAUGUCCUUUUCCAACAAUGUUUUAUUUCAUCACCAGAGAAACAGCUCACAUUUUCUCACUUUAUUUCAACCUGCUGUGCAAAACUCUGAGCCACUAAUCCACAAAAUAAAAAAGUGUUGUUUUUACUUGUGCUAUAUACAAAUAUGUGAGGUGUAAGUCAAGACCGAAAUGUAGGAGUAAAGGUGUUGUGUGAUGAUGGCGAUGCAAGCAACAAGCUGGAACAAUAAAGUUAAGGUGGAGCAGCAGGUCCAGCUCAGAGCAACAGAAUCCUUAGUUCGAAGACCCCACACAGCUGUGCAGACAAAACUUGUUUAUACUCUGUCAGCUGUUCCCCCCUCUGAUAUACAGAUUUGAAUCACCCUGAUAUUUUUCAUUUAUUUUGUGUGUGUUUAUUUGUCUUUUUCUUACCAUGCAGGAAUGUAACACCGCAAACACAGGUGGAUUUCAAAGUAUGGAGUCACCACACGCUGAAGGCCGACGCUCUGAUGGGCAAAGCCACGCUGGACCUCGCUCAAGCUUUAGAGCAGCAUGACAGAAAAUGUAAGAGAAUAUUAAUCCAACACAGAGGUGUGAUUAACCAUAGCAUGUGUAUAGCAGGGCCAGAUUCAGAAAGGUUGGAUAUUUAGGUUUGCAGAUAUCUUUUAACUGCAGAUAUUUUUAGCAAAGGUUAGCUGAAGGAUUUGCUUGAUGCCUUCCUCUCACAUGUCCUCUGCUUUGCCCCACAGUGGAGAAUGUGAAGGAGGUGUUGAAGCUGAGUGUGGAGCAGAAAGGAACUGUGGUUCCCACAGGAGAGCUGACUGUUUACCUGGAUGGGCUGACUGUCUCUGACCAGGAAGAACUGGCUCCGCUCACCAACGGCAACACAGCAAACGGUGCCAGUAAGCCCUGUGUUUUUAUGCUACAUUAAAAUAAAGUUACAUGUAAAAAUAUUUUCUGCAGCAAUCUGCAAGCAAUAAAAAGGGAAAAUAUGUACAAUACAAAAAAAAAAGCUUGAUGUAAGUCACAAAUCAAGUAACUGUUCUCAUUGGUAGGUAUUAACCUCACUUUCAUCUGUGCAUACCAAACUAACUUCACUGUCUCUGAACCUCUCCAGAAGUCCAGCAGAAUGGUGAUGCCAUCCAUGAAAAUGGAGACGCCUCUUCCUCUUCCUCAAGGGCUGCAAUCAGGUAAACCAGCGAAAAAAGCAGCUAUUUUGGGAGGCUUUUUUUUAUUCUACAUAUUUCAGGAGAGAAAGGUUUUCUUUGUAGAUUGUCAAACAAAACUGCUGCAAGGGACAAAACAACACAGGAAUGUCAGUUACAGUUACUCUAGUGAAAUGGAGGUCUUGUAAUCAGAAUAAUCAGAAUAAAAAUACUUGAUGUGAACUCCUGAUUAAGAGCAGAUUGGUCCAAGUCAGCCGAGAUUUUAAGAGUUCUUGAGGGGGCUGGUUUUGUUGUUCUGUGUGCACAUAUCCAUGGCACAAGAUAUGUUUAUGUUCCAUCUGGAUGACACCCCUUAAAAAACCUGGGGGGGUGAUUGGAUGAAUGUUCAGCCAAUCGGAGCAACAACACCGCGACUGGGUUGAACAUUAGAUUACACAAGCUUGAUAGCGGGGCGGAUAAUAGCAUAUUACAGGAGAAUCGUUCACUUGCGGAUAAAAGCACCAAAAUUGGCACACAUACUCUUAGGAGUUGCUGUUUUGAUAUUUCCGUCUGGCCAAUGGCGGACAUUUUUCAAGAUGGCCACCAUUGAAAAUACAGUAGUAUUGCAUUUUGCAAUAAAAUCCCAUAGACUUAUCCUAUUUGGAUGAUCUUUGUGUCAAAUCAUACAUUUUCCACUAUGCAGAAUCCAAAUUUGGACCCAUGGACUUUCUUACUGGCUUCCUUGUACCAUAUUUCAGUCCCAGAAUCCUGAUAUUCUGGUAUUUAUUAAGUUUACAUUAUGUCCGACUUGGGUAAAAUGGUUGGUAACCUAUAUCUUAGUGUUGUUAGAGGUUUAGUGUGUGUGUGUGUGUGUGUGUGUGUGUGUGUGUGUGUGUGUGUGUGUGUGUGUGUGUGUGUGUGUGUGUGUGUGUGUGUGAGAGAGAGAGAGAGAGAGAGAAAGAGAGAGAUUGAAAAAAAUGUGUCUGACAACAAAGCCGAGCUGUUCAGCUUUCUGGCAUUGUGACCAAUGAAGAUGAUGUUAUCAGCAGCAGUACUAUGAAUCUGGCUGGGGUGGCACCAUGCAGUCAUGAAGAAGCUGACACCCAGAUCUUUGUGUAUGCCAGGCAUGCCACAGAAGCAGGCAGAAAGGUCAUCAUGGUCAAAGCCAACACCACAGAUGUUGUUGUCAUCGCAGUGAGUGUUCUGCAUGCGCUUCAGAACCUCGGUCUGCAGCAGUUGUGGGUUGCCUUUGGCCAAAGACAGAACCUGAAGUGGAUUCCUGUUCAUGGCCUGUGUGGCACUCUUGCAGAAAAGAGCAAAGGGAUGCUCUUCUUCCAUGCAUUCACUGGCUGCGAUGUUGUUUCAGUAUUCCGUGGCAAAGGGAAGAAGUCUGCUUGGCAAACCUGGAAUGUUUGUGAUGAGGCUUCCAGGGUCUUCAGCAAACUUAGCCAUUACCCACCUGUAUUGGAUGAUGAGGACCUGAAAACCCUGGAGAAGUUUGUGGUCAUGUUGUACGACAGAUCCAGCACAGCUGAAGGUGUCGACGAUGCAAGGUUGGACAUGUUUGCUCGGAAGCAGAGGCCGUACGAAGCCAUUCCUCCAACUCGAUCAGCACUUAAGCAACAUGUCAUGCGUGCAUCCUACCAAGCGGGCUGCAUCUGGAGUCAGUCAAUAGUAUGACAACCAGAAACACAUAGCCCUGCAAACUGGGGCUGGACCAAGAAAGGAGAUCUGUGGCAGAUUGUUUGGACAGAGCUCCCACCCAUUGCAGAGAGUUGCCAGAAGCUGACCAAGUGUGGAUGCAAGUCGGAAUGCUGCGGUCGAUGCAAAUGCUACUGCUUUGGUUUGACCUGCAUGGCACUGUGCAGCUGCAGGUGUGAGGUUUAGAAACGCUGUAGUAAAAGCCUACUCAUCCAAACAGCCUACUUGUAAAAAAAAAAAAAAAAAAAAAAAAAACCUGUCUCGGUGGGAUCACCACCUUAUCGUGGUGGGGCAGUUUGUGUGUCUCCAUGACCCCUAGAGCUAUACCGGCUGGAGUAUUGUACUCCUGGCAGGGUCACUGUUGGGUCUAAAACCUGCCCAAAUACCUGAAAACAUAUAAAAAAGGAGAAAGACAAUGGAAUAUACUCGAGCAGAAUGGACAGAGAUCUUUUUUUUAGCUAUCUCAAUACCACUCUAAGGGUUCUUUUUCUGUCCGGCCUCUUUUAUUUAGGGUUGUCCCUGGUUACACAAUGUUUCUAAAGGGUGGGGGAAAUAUGUGCAGCAAAGUAAGCAUUUCAUAGAACAUAAUAAUGAACAAUUUGUGAAUAUGUGAAGGUCAAGGCGGCAUCUAACGAGCUCCUUCUGAUAAGAAUAUCCUCCCCAAAACCUUCCCACGAUUCAUCCGCGGAGGAUAUGUCACCCCCACACCUUCUAUAUACAUUUAUGCACAUUAUUCUAACAGUCACCCACGCCAAACAGCUCGAAGGAUAGAGACCAGACAAAGAGUGAUCCCAUGGUUCUACCAUGCAUUUUAGGUGAAAUUCUAAUUUAUCAGAAUAUUAGGAUCCUGGGACUGAUAUGUGCAGUGAAGACACACCCUUGCCCCCCCCCCCCCCACACACACACACACACACACACACACACACACACACACACACACACACACACACACACACACACACACACACACACACAUGCAGCACACACUAGACCUCUAACAACACUAAGAUAUAGGCUACCAACCAUUUUACUCGAGUCUCACAUGAUGUAGACCUAAUUAGGAUCAAAAUAUUAGGAUUCCGGGACUGAAAUAUGGUACGAGGAAGCCAGUAAGUAAGUCCAUGGGUCCAAAUUUGGACUCUGCUAUGAUUUAACACCAAGUUCAUCCAAAUAGGACAAGUCUAUGGGAUUUUAUUGCAAAAUGCAAUAUUACUAUAUUUUCAGUGGUGGCCAUCUUGAAAAAUGGCCGCCAUCUUGAAUUUUCAUUUGGCCAGAUGGAAAUAUCAAAAGAGCAACUUCUAAGGAGUAUGUGUGCCAAUUUUGGUGCUUUUUUUCCUCAAGUGAACGAUUAUUACAGUUAUGUGCCCAGCUAUGACAGGUAUUUGUCUUACAUGUCUUCAACGAUAUUUCAGACCAAAGAUAAUUGUGUGACAUGUUGGGUUGUCCACUAUUAUUCUAAAUUGGAAUGUAUAUUCAAAUAUUUAAAAAGAAAAUGAUAUCUAAUGUGAAAAUUAAUAUUUGAAUAUUGAAUAAACAGCGAUGAAAAACAGAGUUGGAAAAAUAAAAGGGGGGGGGGGGGGGCUGAUUUGCGGGUGAGCGCACUGUAAUGACGGGUCAGGGAUGGUUCACAGGAGCUGCACCUGCAGUUAGACUUGACAAAAAACGUCGUGGCACAUGCAAAGAGAGAUGGAGGGAUGUUUGGAGCCAAACUUUGAGAGAGUGGCCUGGACUGGAAUGAACUUUAGAGGCUCCAUGUAGAAAUUCUUUGAAAUUUUGGGCAGACAUGGUAGACGGUAAAAAUGCUGAGCGAGAUAAAGUUAUAUGCAAGCUGUGUAAGCUAGAUAUGCAAAUAUGUUUGAACCUAUGCAUUAUUUUUAGACCGAAUUUUUGAACGUUAUUUUUGACAGAGCAAUUUUGAAUGCCCUAGUGACAUGCAGUUAGUACUUUUAUUUUACUUAUUUGCAUUUGAUAUGAACCUUAUCAACAAUAGUCCCCUCUCAGUUUUCACAAUACAUGCCUGAAGAGAGCAAAUUUCACUAUUUGCUCUGCAGGACUGUAACCUCUUGAUCUGGGUGUUUUCUCUGGUUUGUGUAAAAAUGAAGCGAUAGUAAUAAAGUCUGUGAGCAGACAACUCUGAGCCACUCUGUUUAAUCACACGUGUUUCACACUCAUCCAUCGCUCAGAAUUCAAGCAUGCAAAAAAUGAUCAGGAAGAAGUGAUGAGCCCAGCGCUCAGAUGCUAAACACAAUCUCUGAUCUACUGCUGCAGCAAUUCUUUCUAUGAAUGCCUACUCCACAUGAAGUGACAAGUUUCAGAGCAAAGCUGAUUCGUAAGAUUUGUAGGCUUUGAACUCUAUGGUCCAAAAAAAUAAAACAAAUACUUUAACAGUCACAUUGGGUCAAUAACGUGACGCCUAAAUAUUCUGUCCGGCUGUAUUUUAUUUAGGUUACAAAAACUUUUAAAUGUAAAAAGAUAUACUAUCUAUGUGUAGUAUCUCUCUAAUAUAUGGAGCCACUUCAACUUUUCAAAAAUCAGGAGUUUUUUGUAAUUUUUCUGAACUUCAAAGUGUCAAAAUAUCAUGUGGUGCGACUGUCCAGCCAUGACUUCUGUUUUGAAAACUUCUUUGAAAUUACUCUAAAUCUAUUACAAUUUAGUUUCUGCAAUAUUUGGCAUAAUUUGUGUUUUUUUUUAGGUGUUUUUUAUUCCUGUACAAAAUUGCAAAGCUUUUGCAGUUAUAUUUUUUUCAUGAUAUACAAACAAAUUUUGAUCGUGUCCAUUUCAUUAAAUAUUAUGUGGUGCGACCAUCAAAAAAUGACAAUUUUUGACACUUUUAUGCUGAAAUUUACUCAAGGACAGGAAGUUGCAUCAUUUGGCAUUUUGUUAUAGAGCUAUGGAAGCAGAAAGAGGGUUGGUGGUUCUCUCAUUUCUUAAAAAAAAAAAAAAAGACCUUUUCAACUGCUGUAAUGGCGUUGCCACUUUUGGAUAUCAUGUGGUAUGACCUCAAAAAAACAAUUAAUUUAAGUUAUUUCCACAAAUAUGUGUUUUAAUUAUACAUUUCAUAGUGACCUUUUGUGGAAAGCUAGUGAGCUUUGUUUAUGUGACUAAUCCUGUAUCAGUAAGAUUUGACUGAAUUUGAAAAUGUCAUGCGGUGCGACCAAUUAUCAUGUGGUGCGACCACUGCAGAUUGUUUUCCAUCAUAAAUAUAUGCCCUAGAUUGGCAGUAUUUACACUUUUUAUAUUCAAUUGAUGAUUGAUAAACACUAAGUACUUAAUUUUUAGUAUUAUUUUGAAUUUUUUUUGUUAUUUGAUGAGUCAUUUUGCUAAUAUUUCUGAAAUAAUGGUUAGGUCAUCUCUGUACAAAAUAAGAAAAAAAAUAUUAAAAGCAUGCCAUUUCACUUAAGGUAUUUAUGCCGUUGUUAGCAAUUUAUUAACUUUCGUGUAUCAAUUUAAGUCAUUUUAAUUUAUUUUACCAGAUGCCACUGCCAAGCAAAGUUAAAAGCGCUCGCUAUAGGCAGCGUGUCAACUCUGACCCUGCAGCAUGUUGUUUAUGCAAAGACUGGUCAAAGAUUGGGCCAAGAUUGGGCAAAGUUUAAAAAGGCCUCAAGCCUGUACGAUGAAGCUGGAUUUGAUCUUGGCGAGAUAACUUCUGGAAUAACACCUGGAUUUUCGGUACGAUGAAGGUGUAUUUCUUUCUAUCCAGCUCUGUUGCCCCGGUAACUUACGCAGAACACCAAACCUGCUCCGGAGCAGGUUAAGUUUCAGGAUAAGAUCUCAGCAGGUAUAAAAGACCGCCCACUGACCAAUCGGAUCUCUUGGAAAAUGGCUUGCCCACUUUUGCCAGAUCCCGGGAACAUCGUUGCACGGAUAGUGAGAGGAGCGCUUCGCCGAGAGCGUUAUAUCCAUGAUUGUUCAAAUCCGUUUGAUUUACCUGGUGACGUUCUCUAUGAACGUUACAGGUUUUCCUCGGACGGCCUCAAUAUUCAGGUAGCAUGAAGUCGAAGCAAUGCACUAAUAUUUGCCAAGCUCCAAGUUCCAAUUUCAUGCAGCAUAUCAGUCAUCAUUCAGAAUUUAUUGAAGCAGAUUAGAAAACUCCUCUUAACCCCAAAUGUGUCUGCAGAUGACGACCAUCAGAUGAUGGAGAAAAAAGAAAAAAAUGCAGUGUGAGGAAAUCACUGUUUACGUGUUGAAAUGUGUACAAAUAAAAUCUUCCAGUAAACCAGCUAACCACUUUGGCAGCCUUCUCCAUUGUGGAGAUUGGUCCGGUGGCACUGACCCCGCCCCCUUUACGUGUGUCCGUACAGAUCUAGACUGACCACAACUGAAUUUAGUUAGCUAGUUAAUAUCCUGCCUCGUAGUACAUCUGAUCGGGAUUACGGAGAUCUGGUGAAGUUGGGUGAGUUGUGGCAGAGUUAUGCUGGGUGUGUUAAUCCAGUUUAGUAGUACAGGCCUCUGGACCACAUACACAAACACACACAGGGUUAAAUUUGUGUCAAAAAGGGAAAUAAAAUGUUUGUGUUCAUGUUUGAAAUGUUAAUAAAAUUUGGUUUGAAUAUAAAAUUUGCAUGAAAUUAAUUGUUCAUAGGUCUCUUUAAAUUGAUUUUUAAUGAUACAAGGUCUUCAGGUCAUUUGGCGCGACCACCAAUCAUGUGGUGCAACCAAUAAUAACAUUAAUUAUAUCAAAUACAAACCAAAAUAUCUUAUUUCUGUAACUGAGACAUUAAUACCUGGUACAAUAUGUUUACAUGAAAGGUAGUUUCAAAACAUUUUUAUCAGUAUUAUGCAAUUUAAAGAAAAAAAUAGUCAGUGAACUACAUUUGGUAUAGCGACUGUGACAUUAUAGAGCUAAUAUAUAAGAUCAUUAUUUACAAAAACUCAAAUAAAAUGCAAACGCUUUGUUCCUAUGUACUUGAUAUUACCGACAAUUUGUAAAAAACUAUAGAGUAUGUUGAAAAAAUGUAAUAAUUUUGAGAUAAAUGAUGGUCGCACCACAUGACAUUUUUUAAGGCCACGGGCAAUUCAUCUAUAUGAAAAAACACUAAAAUUGCCUAAUUUAAAAAUUAAACUUUAAUUUUUGUAUACAUAACAUCAUUAGUGUCUGAACUGUUGCAAAAGAUAUUCUUAUUUUUGGUAUUUUAAAAUUGGCAUGUUGAAAAACCUUAUACGUCAUUGACCCAUUUACACAAAAUACAGGCUUCUUAAGUCAGAUAACGAAGACUCUGUAGUCGCUGGUGCAGAGGCAUGCAGAGAUGCUGUAUGUAGAGGUGUGGCGUGAUGACUUUCUUUUCUACUUUGUAACACUUAAUCUGCAAUGAUGCAAUUCCAGCGAUAUUUUGAACUACAGAAGCAGAUGGAGGAAACAGUGUCCUCCAUCAUUUUAGACACGAGACCUGUGCCAGUCUAACUGGUUUUGUUCAGGUUAAAUCUUUUAAUGCAUGUACAUAUAUCAGUAGAUAAGGUUUUUUUUACUCCAGCUUGACUUGCAUGCAGGUUUGCACACUCAGUCAUGUGAAUGGUGAAUAGUAGGAAGUCCUGGUAUUUUAUUCCUACUGCGGUUGACAUUUAUGUAUUGUGACAGGCUAAAUCUGGUUUCUGGCUUGCUGAAUAAUGUUAAAGUUUAGAUAUCGGAACACAGCCUCUGUCUGCUCCACUUCUCCUAAAAUGGUUGUUGGCCUGCUAAGGAUGAGUCCUUCAAAUCAUGAGCAUGCUUAUUCUCAAGAACAGGAAUGCUAACAGGCUGCAAAGAGAUGUGUGGUGCAGGAUUUCCCCACUGAGUACCCAGCCGAGACGUGUGAGGACAUCUUUUACGUUACUUAUAAUUCUCUGUUGGGUUGUAAUUUUCUUCACGGGGUCAUAUUUAGAGGUUUAUGUGUUUAUUUUAUACUUAAAGCGGUUUUGUGUGUUAUUCGUCCAUCAGCUUGUGUCCUGUCCAUUUGUUGCUCCUGCUUUGAGUGCUGCCCCUCUGGUGCCAAUCCUGAUUAUCUGUCACCCUGUAAAAGUGCCCUUCAGUCAGGCUAACAGGGUUUUUAUUGGAAAGCCACAGAGGAGGCACGUCUGCUAGGCUCGACAGACGGGAGGCUGGUGGGGGGGUUGAGAGGGUUGUGGCUGCCUGGCUCUGUCUCUGCAUUGCAGUUGCUGAGAAGACUGCAACACACAAACAGGAGUAUUUUUAAAACGUAGAGGUGUUCCCUCCCUGGGAGUUCCCGAAACGUUAAGUAAUCAGCCAGAUCAGAAAGGAAGCAGGACUAAGGAUACUUGUCAUUUCCCUUUGGAUUGUUAUCUUAGCGAUGGAAUAUCUUACAUGUCUUCUAGAAAAGCAUGUUUUUCUUUAGUGAAUCUAAACAUCAAGAGAAAAUGAUUACAAAGAAGAGGAUGCUUGGACUGUUUCUGGAAAAAAACAAGCGCUUUAGAAAGAAUGAAAGGAAACACGUUAUGCAGCGACAGGCUCAUGAACAUAUCUCAAGAACUAUCUUUACAAGAGUCCAUUGCGUUUUCUAAUGAAAUAAAGAAAAUAAGGUUUCUUUUGUUUGCGGCACAUUUUUUUAAGGUUUUUUUUUUUUUUUUUUUUUACGUGGGGAACUUGCCCAUAAUGAGUGUAUCAGCCUCUGGGGAUCCUGAUCAACCCAGCCCCUUUGUUAAAAAACCAGCUCGAGAUCCAGGAUGGAAAUUAGAUUAUCAAUGGCCACAGAUCAACUUUACCUUGUAAUAUAGCUCACUUUCAAAAACUCCAACACAAGUCAAGUUGGUGCAAAUGUUACAGCAGAUAGUAAAUUUGUUUAAGCUCCAUUUGUGGACUCGUAUUCCUCUGCUUGCAGUACACUGAUUAACUGAUGUGGCCUACGAUGUGAGAAACUGCUAUCUUGAGAAUUUUUAUGUUUUUGCAUCUUUGUUUGACAUCAUUUUAAGCCACAAAUUCCCAACCUGACAGACACAGUGACAUGUAUAGUUGAUUUCCACUUACUGACUGUAUUUUGAUAAGGUUACCAUAUCGUACAGACUUGUGCAAAAAACAGUGAAAGCUAAAAACUUACUUCUAAAUUCAUGGUGAAAAUAAACUAAAGUUUGUAUUAAACUAGUCUAAUAUGAAAUAGGUUUGGCCAAAAUUGAUCGGAGUCACCACACUCUUGUAAGAGGGUGAGAGUGAACAGCACACAUACAGAGUCUGAAUGAAGACUUGGGUCUUAAGUCUUAUUAUCCUCCUGCAAACUAGGUUUCUUAUAGGUUCCCAUACUGUCCCUUUCAGACAUCUUGCUCAAGUCGAAGUAUCACUGGUCAAAGGCCAUUAUUUAGUUCAGAAGCAAUAAUACUGAAAAUAAAACACAAACUGCUAUCACAUUUUAGUCAAAUGUUUCCCCUCAUUCCAGUAAAAAGAACAUUUAGUACAAACACAGUGCCUGGGAGAAAGUAAAACUUGGCACACAUUAGUCUACUUCACCCAGCGAUCUGCUGUGUCAGCUGUUAAAAUGCAGCAUGUGAAAGUGAACCUAUCAGAAAAAUGUCCAGAGUUAAUUCUCCUGGUUAUGUUGCAAUAAGAGGAGUGAGAGAUUGAUGGUGUAUAGACUUUCCAGAGCAGUUAAAUCUUGCCUUUCAAGGGUUUCAAAGGCUGUGCAGGGUUUUUGUUGGCUUCUGGUUAUUUGUACAUAAAAUUUAGAAUGAACUCAUCCUCAGCCUUCCUCCUCCUCUAUCAAAAUCGGUGUAAUGCACAGCCAUAAAGUGCUGAUACCUGAUAAACUCUGCUUUUUUUCUUUCCAUUUCUGUCUCCUUUUGUCUCUGAACUCGUCCUUUGUGGUUUGACAUCACUUUCAUGCUCAGGUGUCUCAUUUUACUAUUCGCCCUCAUCUCGUCUCUUCUGUUUUGUCUGCUUCUUACAGGCUGCUGCCCUUUAUUUAUUCUUCUCUCCUGGUAUCUCCAUUUCCCGAGCCUUAUUCCCCCCUGUUUUUAGUCUUGAAUUAGAACUAAAUCUUUGUGUUUUUCUUCUAUGCUUAGCCGGUGUUUCUGCUUUCUUGUUUCUCAAACAGUUGGAUAAGGAGACUUUCCUAUGGAGGUUUAGACUCUGUGUCUGUUAGCCUUUCUUAAAUCCUGGUUUCCAAUGUGUGACAUUUGGUUCAAACUCUCGUUUGCUCUGACUUUUUAUAAGUUAAGUGAUCCGCCUUUGAUUUUGUCAGCAUUUCUUUUCUCUGCUUCAGGUUGCAUUUUGUUUUUUAGUAUAUGUAUACAAGUAAACAUGCUGCAAGAGCGGUACCGAACCUCUUUGUACCUAAGAGUCAUUUAGACCUCAAAUUAUAUAAAAAUAUACAGUUUAGAAAUAUCCUCUUGAAGUUUAGCAGGAGUUUUUACAAUGAGCGGGUGUAGCAUAAUCAUCAGUCGUUGAAGUUGUAACUGAACUUGUAACCAUCUUUUUGCCCGCUAACAGUCCAGCACCUUCCAGGACAAAGCCUCAACUUGAGUCAUAUGGCUGAUUUAGUCCUAGUCUUAGAGUGGGCAGGCCUGUGGCACCGACUGAACUCUGCAGGAUAUAAAAGGCCCUCUUUGGCCGUGCCUGUUGCGUCAUUAAGCCAUCCUUUUAUGUCCUUUUUUUACUCUUUGAGACAAUGGCCUCAGUGUCACAAGUCAGAGUCUUUCAUUUGCCAUUCACCGAACAGAGUAGGAGUGACACACUUUCACCCUAACUAACCUCUGUUUGUCACAUAUCCUGCCUUUAUUCAAACCUCCAUUUAUAGAUUUGGUGUUAAAAUGCAGCAUCUGUGUCCAGGGGUAUUUAAGUAUAGGAAGUAGUUCAGCAGUGGCCAACUGUGAAGACAGGAUUUGGUUAAUGAAAGAAAGAACAGUCUGUAUCGAGAGCAAAAGCAGGCAGAUCACAAUAGGCUCUCCUCUGAGGAUGAUCGAUUUGUCAUUAUAAACAGAUACCUGCAUGUAUGUAAGUGUGUGGCUCUGCUCUGACACUAGUUCUCAUACUGGCCACUAAGGCUGCAUCUGUUUUGAUGGAGGUGAAUCUCUGUUGUGUGUGCAUAAAGCUGUUUAUCUCUCAUCUUUUGACACAGAGGAUUUACAGUAAAGUUUGUGAUCAAUCCCAUUCACACUGUGUCAGACGAUGGCUGAUGAGUCCUUAGAUGACCUUCAUGUAAAAAAAGAUGAAGGGUUUUAUUAUUUUUUGACAAAACUCUCAUCACCUCCUUUGAUGUGUCCCUUGCAGCUCAGCGAAUGGUACAGACCCAGGCCUGAAGUCUGGUUCCUGUUCCACCUCCAAUGGUCUAGAUGCUCAGGUGCCUUCAAGCUCCUGCAGCCCCGCCCUCAGUCAUGUGGUCAACGGGGACACCACACCCAACUCCACCCCUGUGCACCAACCCUCAGACAGCGACACUGAAGGCAGGACAGGUGAGCUUCCUUGGUUUGUGCUGUUUCCAGCCCUUUUAGUGCUUCCAUGAUGUGUGGUUUUCUGAAAAAUCCUCUUUUUUUGAAGUGUCACCUUAUUAUAUCCAAUAGAAAAACACAAGUCAUGAGCAUAUAUGGAGCUGAAGCCUCUCCAAAGGCUGAAACAUACAUCACACAUACAUACACAGACACAAGAGCGUCUUUCUUGCAGGAAUUCAUUGUGCUGCCUGGACUGGGCUCUGGCCACUUUAAGUUCUUCAUGGUUCGCUCAGUCCCAGUGAACAGUGAAGAAGAUCAGUAGAUUAAUUUUCAUUAAGUGAGGCCUGCAAUCUCUGCUGCUGUCAGCACCUCUGUAGAAAAAAAACUCUCUGGGGAGAGAAACAGAGAGAAAAGCAGACUGCAGUAUUCUGUGGAGGACAGACACACUGACUUCACUAAGCUGAGCUAAGAGAGAGAUUUAACCCUUCCUACUCUCUGGAUAUGCUUUUGGAAGAACAAACUCUGCCUGUUGGUGAAGGGAAUAACAAAACACUCUUAUUAUCAUGAGGAGCAUUGUCUUUGUUUUGACUCAUUUGUGUUCCCUCCGCUGAGUCACAUGACUGACAGACUGACACAGUGACACAGUUUGGUGUGGAAAUUUCAAUGUUGACAUUUUAAAAAGGUAAGAGGCCUUUUCACCCAUGAUGUCAAGUCCAAAACAAUUUCCACACAUAACUUUCCAGAUAUAUUUUUUUCAUUCAGGUAACACAAAAAAGUAAUUGUUUGGACUUUACUGAAAGAUGUUCUGAAGCUGUUACUUUCCUGGCCAUUAAAACAGAAAUGUAAACUAACCAGCUAGUUUAAAGGUUGGUCAGAAAACAGUCCAAAUUGUGCACAAAUUAUCUAAAAACAACUUGAUCUCCAUUUUCUGGAUCAAAAUACUGACAAACCACACCACAGCACAAAAUAUAAUUCGUAAUCUGUGCUUUUUUACAUCCAGUUAGUACAUUACAUCAUUGUGGCAGUAGCCAUUUACCAAGGUACCAGCCUUACAUAGUGGUGGGUGGAUGUGUUACAGCUAAAAUUAAAGUAAGCAGCAUUCCAGGCCAACAGUAAUGAAAAUAUUACUCAUUUAUGUAUUUGAUUCUUCCUUUCUGUCCAUGGUUUAACAUAAAAAAAUAUUAUCACUGGCUUUAAUUUUGAUAUGGGUUUUUUUCUGAUGACUGUGCACUUUAUAAGUACAGCAUAUUUUUGUAUUCCAGUCGUAACUUUAAUUAAGUAUUUUACUUUUACUUCUUGGGUCAUAUUUUCUUUAAGAGCCACAUAUUUCAACAGCAUGUCAAAUAGCUUUUGUUAUUGAAGAAAGUGGUGAACUGUUUGAAAUAAUAAUUAACAAGGUUACAGGUCCUAGAGUUGAGGACAGCUUUUAGCCACAUUAAAAUGUGCUAAAUUUGCAAUUGUUUUUUUUUUUUUUUUUGGAGUGAUUUGUUAACUUUAAACAUGGUAGAAUUUACAGUUGUGUUUAAUCGCCUGAGACAUUUGUCAGGAAGAGACAUCCCUGUGGACCAGAAGGAUCAGUAAACCAUAAUCUUCUGUCCAUUAUAAUUUUUCAGUGUUUGAACCUUUUAAAAUUAAGGUUUAAGAAUAAUAAUAUGUCCUCAAGUUCAAAAUAUAAGGGGGCUUUCAUACCUACAUCGUUUGGUCCAGACUUUUCUGUUUAGUCCGAACCAAAAUGAUAGGCGUGAAACCUCCCCAGGACCUUGGUCUGGGCAGAAACAGACGGACCUUGGUCCAACUAAAAAAAGUGGUCUUGGUCCGGACCAAACCACUGGGCAUGAACCACGGUCUGUUUCACGCACAGUGUGAAAGCAUUAUUUUGAAAGGUUCAGACCUUUGUACCAAAGUGUUCAUUAUUCGGUGUAAUGGGGAUUGUCCAUGAACGGUAAAAUUUUACAACAUUUUAGAUACCUCACUAUUGACAGCUUAUCUUUUCAAGGGUGUUACAACACAUACUGUCUCUCCAGAGUCCAGAGUCGGUGGUGACUUGAAGGAUUGCAUACUUUCUUCUCCUUUCCUGUCGACCACGAUAAAGUUGUCAUCUAAUGAUCAAAUUCAUAAGACGAACUCAGACCAGCCUCAUGUAUAGCUCUUCAAGUUGUUGCUGUUGGUAGUUAAAAAUCAACAAUAAUAUGAUGGGGGGAUGACAAUUUCAUUCAUUCAUUCAUCUUCUUCUUUACCGUUUAUCCAUUUCGGGUUCGCUGGUGGGCUGGAGCCUAUCCCAGCUGUCAUCAGGCAUCAGGCGAGAGACGGGGUACACCCUGAAUCGGUCGCCAGUCAGUUACAGGGCCACAUAGAGAGACAGACAACCACUCACACUCAUACCUGAGAACAAUUAAGAGUCACCAAUUAACCUAAUGAGCAUGGUUUUGGUCUGUGGGAGGAAGCCAGAGUGCCCGGAGAGAACCCAUGCAUGCAUGGGAAGAACAUGCAAACUUCACAUAGAGAGGCUCUGCCCGACCAAGGGAUCGAGUUGGUCACCUUCUUGCUGUGAGGCACGUGCGGUACCUGCUGCACCACUGCGCUGCCCUUAAUUUCAUUCAUGUUUACAAUAUUCAAGACCCAUGUUAUUUAACGUGUUGACGUCAGAUGCCGCUGGCCAAAUAACCAAUUAAUGUAAACUACAGAGACGCACAAAGCAGGCAGUUGAUGAUGAUGAUAUCACGUAGGUUUGUCAUGUAAGGUCUGUUAGUCCGUUUGCAAUAAUGACAGUGUGAAACCUAAACAGGCUGAACCAAAUGUAUAUAAUGCAACAAAAACAUGGACCUUGGUUCAGACCCUGGUCUAAAUCUUUAGUCCGAAAUGAAAAGUGAUGUCUCCUUUAGCAUUAGGUCUUUUUUGGAUCAUUAGAGGUGUAAAAAGUUUUGUAACUCUAUUUUGCAGCCAAAGUUUACAUAUUCAUUAGUGAGUCCUUCUGCCAAGGCAUAAUGAUCAGCCAGAUGUUUAGUGUUGAUUCAUGUGAGCCUUUAGCUGCCUCUAGAGGAAGAGCUUAUGAGUCAGUGAAAGUUACUUUGAAUGUUUUGGAUCAGUCUCUUGGCAGUGAACAUGGUUAUCAAAAUGCACAGUCCUAAAUCCUGUAAGCAUUUACAUUAUUUCUGAUACUGUUUUUGAUCGAGUGCUUUGAAACUGAAAGUGUUAUACCUUCAAGUAGAGUGCUAGUUCUUUAUCAAAACACACUGAAAGUAGUUCUUGGCUGACCCAGGCCUCCACACACCCAUUAACAACAAGUAUAGUGUUUCUUCAACUACAGUUAUUCACUUGGGACUUACUCUGAUUUCGUGUGGUCAAAUGAAAAAAAACAGACGAACUAAAAAGGAGAGAAAUAUGAGUGUUGUUAAGUCAUUAAAAUCAUUGAACUGACAUCCAGUUAUGGACAUAGUGAUGGUGAAGCCCAUGAAUGUUACACAUGUGUCUCUGUGUUUCCCUGUCUUGCCUGCAGUUAAUGGGGAAUCCUGUGAUGCACCUCUGGGGCCAUCCUGUGCUACAAUAGGUGAUGUGCUGCCCCCAAUAGACAGCCAAGAGAACUGCAACCAAGAAGCUGCCCUUCCAGACUCUGACACAGCAACAAACAGCACAUCUUCACCCCUGCCCUCCUCCUCACAGGCUCUAGCCACCCCUGCUGCUAAGCCCACUGAUGGCUCUGUUGCUGCCGCUGCUGCCGCCGCCUCCUCCUCCUCCAUAGUUACCUCCCCGUCACAGGGAGCCACCACCGUCACAACCUCUUCUUCAUCGCCCUCUUCCUCCCCAGCUCUAGGAGAAGCUAAUGCUUCAGGAGGUGGAGGAGGAAGCAGUAACAGCAGUACAACUACAACCACAGAUGGGGCCAAGCCGAGACAACAAGUCCCCAGUGGGGGGACCGCAGAUCCUCUUCCACCGGGGUAAAAAACACCUGCAGCUGCUUGUGAUUUAUCUGUCCUCACAGUUUGACAUCACCACUUUUCUAAGCUGUCAUUAAUUUGGGAUAUUUACUGUAGGAGUAGAAAUGAAUGUCCCAAAAGUGUUUCCAACAGAGUGAUUGCUAGGGUCAUACAUUAAAUUAUUUUAAGCAUUACAUAACCCUGUACAUAGCGUUUGUUAUGUAAAGUGUCGUUUUCUCCAACAUAUUUUGUUGACACUUGAAGAAGAUCUGUUGUACACAUUUUCACAUCUCAUUAUGUCAGUCUGUGAAACCUUCAUUACACCACCAUUUAGCCUCUGCCACAAACACUUCCUUAGGCUGCUUCUCCACUAAGUUGGACACAGCUUGUGGGUGUUACUUUUUACACAGCUUUGUCGUCACAAAAUGUUACGCCUUCACAAUUAAUGUCUCAGGCUUGCUUUUAGCAGUUAGCUGUAGAUGUUAUUUACAGUAAGUGGUUCCAAAAUUUUACUGAAACCUCUUAAGAUGAAACAGCUCUGUGUUUCAGUGAUGUUAAAGACUCAAAUUAUGUAAAUACUGGCCUGUAUACAACACUAAUAGCGACUUUUCAAUCAGACCAAAUCAUCAAAGUGCAGAGCAGAGGAAAAAAAAAAACAGUAAAAUUGACUUUUUAUCUUUUGGCUGGGCUCAUCUUUAGCGUUUCUGUAACAACACAGCCUGACGUCAGAUGGUGGCCAUGUGUAGAAAUGAGCCGUGCUCAUAGAAGCUGGAAAACAUGUCUGGGGAUUACUUCAACAUCUGUGUAUCUCAUGUUAUAAAACUGGACAAGCUCCCAGUUGAAGUGAAGGAGCCAGUACAACAAAAAUCUGUUCUUUGAGUAUCAAACAACCAACUACUCACACGCCCAUCUGUCACAGUGCAGAGAUGUAGAGAGUGAUGCAGAGAAAUAUUUUGGAUGCCGACUUACUCUAAGUCUCAUUGUUGUGUUUUAAGGUGGGAGCAGAGAAAAGACCCACAUGGGAGAACGUAUUAUGUUGACCACAACACCAGAACUACUACCUGGGAAAGACCACAGCCACUACCGCCAGGGUGAGAGACUGUUUUCUUCUCACUGUAUGUAUUCAUUCCUUUUCAUAAAGAAGCUGCAACUACUCAGAGAAUGACCUUUUGGCACACCCAGUUUAUGAAUUCUGAUGGGGGAAUAAAGUUUUCCUUUCACUCUUCUUGAGACUUGAAUGUAAGUUACUAUCAGUAAUGAUAAAAAGAUUCUAAAACACGAGAGUAACAUCAUUUUCAGUGUUUGUUGCAUGGUUAAUUGGUGCACAACGUUCUUUGGCAUGAACAACUAAACAGACGCAACAGGCAGAUUUAUUAAAAAAUUUCUGUAAACAUGUCAGGCAGAGUUGAAUGCGUAUCUAUCAAAGAUGCUGGUGCUUACGUUUAAAAUGAAAGCACAGUCUGAGGUAGUUAGCACAUUUAAGGCAGCAGAGGUAGAAGUGGAGGUCCUCAGCUGCUCCAACCCUCAGCGGCUAGGUGGAGGAGGGAAUGGAGGCUGGUGUGGCCACUUCAAUUUUCCACCAAUUGGAUUACAGGUAUUCAGCCUGGGAUUGAUAUGAAGGACUAGGGAUGCGCGAUAAGAUUUUCCAUUCUGGCGAUAACGAUAAAAUUCCUGAUAAAAAAUAUUAUAAUUCCAGUCUAUAUUUUUGACUCACUUUGUCUUGAGAACACCAGCUGGAAUUGUCAAAUAGGAUGCUGGACCACAAGUUUUAGUAGUAGGUUAUGAAGAAAACUAAUGACAUCAAACAAGUCUCAAAUGUGAAAAGAUUUUCAACAUUUGUGAAAAACUCUUAUUGCACAAAGUGAACAGCAGCAGAUCCACUGUCUGAUAUCAAGGAAAUCAGUAACAAGCUACUCAGAAACAUCUUCUUCUUUACCUUCGGCCAUGUUUGUUUGUUAUUCUGCUCUGUGUGGGCUAUGGCUGUGAUUCUGUCGAUCGCGCUUACGUCAUCAAUUUGUAUUUAUCGUAAUUAUCAUGAGAUGGCAAAUAUUUAUCAAGGUGGAUUUUUCUGACGAUAUAUCAUGAACGAUAAUUUAUCGCCCAUCCUUACGAAGGACCAUAAACUGGCCCUCAGCCCGAGAAAGGUGAAACUCACAAUAAAAAGCCGACAGGUUGAUCUCAUGGGGGCUGGAUAAACCUUCUUAGGAGUCCCUGUCUGUUAUUUUGAGAUCUUGGAAGAGAAAAGGAAUUCUUUUCCUUUUGUUCUUAAAGAUUUUUUUGAGGCCUUUAAUCUGAGAGGGAAACAGAAAAAGUUGAGGAGUAAGGAACACGGGAGAAAAUAUUCAAAAGUUUAAGGAUCAGAAAUCCAAGGGAAAAAAUUAGGCUGACAAAUCUUUAAAUUAUGAGGAAGGAGAGAAUUAAAAAUCUUCAAAAAAGACAAAUUCAUUUGAACUAGCUCUGCUGCACUCUUUCUCUUUCCCUCUGUUAGUUGGGAGCGCCGUGUGGACGAUCGGGGUCGAAUCUACUAUGUGGACCACAACACCCGGACCACCACGUGGCAGCGGCCCACCAUGGAGUCAGUCCGAAACUUUGAGCAGUGGCAGAGCCAACGCAGCCAGCUGCAGGGAGCUAUGCACCAGUUCAACCAGAGAUACCUCUACUCUGUAAGACAAGCCUCCAUCCUCUUUACCCUGAAACCCUCUCAAAGUUUUCUCCACACGUUCAUGCUUUACAGCAGCUUUUUCCUGCGUAAUCAUUCAGUUUUCCACCUUAGGCUGUAGCUGUAGCAUUUCAGUAUUUCUCACUUUGCUGUUUCUGUGAUCAAAAGUUUUAUAGCGAUUUGACCUUUUAGUGAAAAAAGAGUUUAGAGAGGAUUUAGUGAGAAAUUUUAGCAUAUUCAGUCUUUAUGUGAAUUUAGACAAAUUAUAACUUAUUUUUAUUUUAUAAAUGAAUUUAUAAAGUGAUGUUACAAUCAAGAGGUGAGGAUCAAAAAGAGCUGUGAAAUGAAAUCUAAAAUCCCACCAGUCUUUUAAUUUGUUGCAGUGAUUAAUGACUAUUUAAAUAGUCUCCAGUUGCAGCCUUACUUUAUAAGUUUAUCUGCCUUUUCUACAUAAAUACUAUCUGUGCUCCAAACUCAGAGCUUUUUUCUGUGUGCAUUUGUUUCACUGUUCCCUCCCUGAGCAUGUGUUACCUCAUGCAGCCCAAAGGUGAAAGGUUUACCACUCCAGGAUGUAAAACAUGCUCACCUUAGCCCCUGACCUGUCCUGUUUUAUCACUGUGAGGGUCUGUGAUCUGAACACUGAGGUCACUUCCACGCAUCCUGAUUAGUUUACAGUUCUAAUCUAACAACAAGACAGCUGGGAAGUAUUGAGUGGAAACCAGCAGCAAAGGCCCUGCUGCUGUGGGUUUUUUCUCUCUGAAUGUCUCCUUGAAUAUCCCAAAUAUCUGGAUCAUUUCCUCAAUGGAUGUGUUUGUGUGCAUCCCUCGUUUCCAGGCCUCCAUGAUGUCCGCUGAGAAUGAUCCUCUCGGCCCGCUACCUCCUGGAUGGGGUGAGUUUUUUCUUUCUCCUGAAUACGUUUGGAGUUUAUCAGUAUAUACAGAACCGGCAUUUCAAGCUCUUAAUGCAAAAGCAGAAAAAAUACUCUCUUUUAUGUCUUUUAGUUAUGUCAAGAUUUCUCUAUGUGUAUUAUGAUUGUUCUGCCCCUCUUAUGUUGAAAUCCUUUUCCAUGCUGUUAGCUCUUGAGUCAGCUCGGCUGAUAGUUUGACAUGUGUUGCCUCAUUGACAGGUUUAUAUUGAGCUGCAAAUUCUUGUCUGUGCUUUUAUCUGCUGCAGAGAGGCGUGUGGACUCCAAUGACCGAGUGUACUUUGUUAACCACAACACCAAGACAACACAGUGGGAGGACCCACGAACACAAGGGUGAGAGAGAAGUGAAUUUUCUACAUGGCCACAGAGUGUUUUAAAUGUUUUCAAUGUGGCAGCUCAGGCUUUUUUUAUUUGUUAUUUACACACACACACACACACACACACACACACACACACACACACACACACACACACACACACACACACACACACACUGUUAGCUCUGUCAUUUUAUAAAGGCCUUCUCCUCACUUCAUCAAAAGCAGCUCAGAUCAAUGUGAAACAAAGUCUGGGUGCACCAGGAUGUUGAGGCUCCUGCUAUGUUAGUGAGAGGAACAGGAGGAAGAAGGAGGAGAAGAGAGUGAAGCAAGAGGAGGAGAGAAGAGAGCAGAGAGAGGAGAAAAGAGAGCAGAAAGUGGAGCAGGAGGGAGGAGAGAGGAGAGCAGAGAGAAAAGGAUAAGGAGGAGAAAAGAGAGCAAAAAGAGGAGCAGGAGAGAGGAGAGCAGAGAGAGGAGAAAGGAGAGCAGAGAGGGGAGCAUGAGGAGGAGAAAAGAGAGCAGAGAGAGGAGCAGGAGAAAAGAGAGCGGAGAGAGGAGCAUGAGUAGGAGAAAAGAGAGCAGAGAGAGGAGCAAGACGAGGAGAGAGGAGAGCAGAGGGAGGAGCAUGAGUAGGAGAAAAGAGAGCAGAGAGAAGAGCAAGAGGGGGAGAGAGGAGAGCAGAGGGAGGAGCAUGAGGAGGAGAAAAGAGAGCAGAGAGAGGAGCAGGAGGAGGAGAGAGGAGAGCAGAGAGAGGAGCAGGAGGAGGAGAAAAGAGAGAGGGGAGCAGGAAGAGGAGAGGGAGGAGGAGAGAGGAGCAGGAGGAAGAGAGAGGAGAGCAGGGAGAGGAGAGCAGGAGGAGGCAGGUGUGUGUUGCUGUGAGAAGCUGUAGUGAUCACAAGCAUGUACGAGGGCUAACAAGCUCAUGAUUGUCAGGCCAAAAGUGAGGAGACAUGGUUCUGAAUCAUAAUGAAGCCCCAGACCUGACACUUCGGUGGUUGUUCUGUAAAGGCUCUUAAAGACUGUGAUUUGUUUGAUCUGCAGUCUGUAAUAAAAUAUAAGUGAUAAAUGAAACUCAAAUCCUUCAGUUCUUCAUGACACAGUGUAAAAAUACUUCACUACUAGAAAAGCACUCAGAGAGCGCAGACCUCUGCCAAGCAGCUCAUGUCCCCCCUUAUAUUGUGAUUCACACCAAAAUUUUACUGUUACGUGUCUUUUAUUAACUUUUAUUUGUGUUUCAACUGGUAUGUUCACAGUUCAUAAUGUUCCUAAAACAACAAAGCUCAUAUUAGAUACAUAAAUGCAUGAUUUAUUAUGCAAUAUUUGUAAGCGUUCACUUCCUUGUGUCAUCAUUGGUUAUCUUUCCAUUUUCAUUUUCUACCGCUCAUUCCCUUUUGCGGGGUCGCGGGGGGGCUGGAGCCUAUCCCAGCAUCUUCGGGCGAAGGCAGGGGACACCCUGGACAAGUCGCCAGUUCAUCGCAGGGCUGACAUAUAGGGAUGAACAACCAUCCACAUUCAUAUUCACACCUCUGGGCAAUUUGGAAGUGGACAAUUAACCUAACCCCACUUAGGCAUGGUUCUUUUGGGAUGUGAGAGGAAACCGGAGUAAACCCACGCAGACACAGGGAGAACAUGCAAACUCCACACAGAAAUGCCCUGACCCGGAUUUGAACCCAGGACCUUCUUGCUGUAAGGCGACAGUGCUAACCACUACACCACUGUGCUGCCCAUCUACACUACUGUGCCGCCCAUUGGUUAUCUUUCAGCAUUGAAAAUUCCAACGACACCCUUAUUUUUGUGUGUUCUGGAUCCCAGUAUCCGGAAUUUUGUCUGGAUCAGGAUCAACCUUUGACACCUCAUAAAACUCAUUGAGAUCCUUUUGUGUAAUUUUUUUCACUAAAGACACUGGCCAUUUUUAUAGAGUUAAAUGCAAAAAUUCCAAAAUUUGCCCUAUCUCACAAUGAUAAAGAAUUCUUCAAAAAAUUCCUGGAUCCAGAAGGCGAUCUGGAUCACCACCAAAAUGUAAUGGGAUCGUCCUGGGGCUGAGACGCACCUCCGGUGAAAAUUUCAGGUCAAUCCGUCUGUAACUUACUCUGUAAAGUUGUUCACAGACAAACAAACAACAAACAAACAAACAAACAAACCAACCAACCAACCAACAAACCAAUGCUACCGAAAACAUAGCCUUCUUGGCGGAGGUAACAAGUUAUACAGACAGACAUACAUUAAUGAUCAAAAAAAGUGGGCUAAUCAUUUAAUUUUACCACUUAUUUUUUUAACCUUUAAAAAAAAUGAAUUUCUGUAAUGUGGCCCUAAUACUGGUUAUACACCCGUUAAUUGUGAAUUUUUAAUGCUACAGUUGCUAGAAGACCAGGGACCCAUUUAGUUCCACAAGGACCCAUUCAAAUGACUUCCAUUGAAAACUACCAACAUCAGUGUGUUUCUGUGUUAGCAGUGAUUCACUGGACCUCCUUCCACCAGUCUUUAUCACCUCUCUAAUGUGUUCAUAUUUACUCAGAAAGGAUCACUGGGAAAUGCAGACCUUUGCACUGAUCUCUUGAAACUCAGAGGACUUUUAGAUCGAGUCGAAAACAGUUGAGCUUCAUGAAAUUGUUGAAUGAUUUUAAACUCUGCACCAGCGUCUCCUUUUCUGAACUUGAUGCAGGAUUCCAGGAUAAGUUGUUGUUGUGUUUCUGUCUGCACAAUGCCACUCAUACUUCGUGACUCUACAGUGUUUACUUAUCAACAGACCUAGAGAUGCAGAGCACUGCAGAAGACACUGCAUGCAUGUUGUCUCCACAUUGCGAAAGAUGUUUUUUUCUUUUCUUGCUAAAAUACAUACCAGCUAAGAAAAGCAUCCAUAGGGUGUAUUUUUGGCUGUUUAAUCUAUCAAUGUUAGAGACAUCCUUUGUCUUUGUGUGUGCAGGCUACAGAACGAGGAUCCUCUCCCUGAAGGUUGGGAGAUCCGAUACACAAGGGAAGGGGUUCGCUACUUUGUUGAUCACAACACCAGAACCACCACUUUCAGCGACCCGCGCACUGGAAAGUCCUCAGUGUAAGAAUGUUUGAAACAAUGAUUGACCAGUUAACCUGCACGCUACACUGCUUUGAGAUUCACGGAAACACAGCAGCAAAUUUUUUGGCAUGUAUCACUUUCUGUAUAUUUUGAUCUUUUAAAUCUUUUCUCCUCAGCACCAAAGGUCCUCAAAUAGCUUAUGAACGCAGUUUCAGAUGGAAGCUUGCACAUUUUCGCUAUCUGUGCCAGGUGAGUGCUUCUAUUUGGCAGUCUUUCUAAUUAUUUCUCAUCUCAAUCAGUGGUCCUGAUCUUAUUUUUGAAUAAAUUAAUGUUUCACUCCCUCUCUAUCCUCAGUCCAAUGCUCUCCCUAGCCAUGUGAAGAUCAAUGUUUCCAGACAGACACUGUUUGAAGACUCUUUCCAGCAGGUGAAGACUCCUUCUGCUUCUGUUUGCUUAUUUUAAGAAUACACCAUCAUGUGCUUGAAGUGUUGAAUUGUAUCUAAACUUUCUGACAUUUUGCCAAAAACAGUCUGAGCCAUACAGAGUAAAGGGUCACCCUUGCCUCACAUGAAUGUCUACUGGGUUCAUUUCCAUGUGUGCAAACAGCACCAGGUCCCAGAGAAGGAGUGUGUUUGAUGUGAUGUUUUAUGUUAUCUCUGUUGCUUAGAUUAUGGCCCUGAAGCCUUACGACUUAAGGAGGAGACUCUACGUCAUCUUCAGAGGAGAGGAGGGCCUUGACUAUGGCGGACUAGCCCGGUAUGUGUUUUAUAAAAAUAAACCAAAACUUUUGCAAACUAAAAGAGGCUGCAUUUUGUGAAAUAGAAGCACUUCUUCCUAGUGUUGGGCGGUAUGACGGUAUAUACCGUGUCUACCUGUAGAAAUUUUGCUAAACCGUUUAUACCAGAUAGAGAGAGAGAGAGCAGAUGUCUGCUGCAUCUCUCUGAGUCAGUGUGUAGUUGUCUGCACUCGCUACCAGGAAAGCCGGAGCACAUCCAUUUGGGUACAUUUCUGUACAUUCACCAGCAUGUUGGACUUCGUUCACUCCGUUUGAUUGGUCAGGUUUGGGUGCGCUCCCUAUAUUCACCAACGAGUCCAAGCAGACUGCUUGGCAUAGUUUCGACGAAGAAGAAACAGCUUCACUGGUGGUGGUCAAGGCGGGGAUUAGUGGCAGGACUGAGCAAACAGAGGCAGCCCGACCCACCCAACAUUAAGAGGAGGAGGAGGAACUAAUUCCUUACUAUGCAAAGAGAGUCAUGUGGCUGUCAUUGCUGGAGGAGGAAACACCAGCAACCUCUUCCACCACCUAAAGAUGAAACACGCCAAGCUCUAUAAUGAGAGCCAAAAGAUGCGUGGCACACCUGCUGCAUCAAAAACUAAAGCUGCAGCAGCUCCUCUCAGACAAAAGAGCUUGGGAGAGUCUUUCGCCAAAGGUACCCCAUAUGAUGAAAAAAAUCGCCAGACUGUCCUGGCAUUUCGUUUUACAUUUGUGUACAAAACCGAGUUUAAAAAUAAAAGGAAAAUGAACCAAUGAGACAAUAUGGUUAUUUUUAAGCCAUUAGUUGAAUUUACAGGAGAAAAAAAACAUGAUGCGUGAUAUAUACCGUUACCGUGAUAUGAAAUUACUCAUACUGUGAUAUAAGAUUUUGUUCAUACCGCCCAACAUUACUUCUUCCUCUUUUACUCCUGUUUCUAUCACUCUUUCUUCUUUUUUUACUCCCGUUCAUGCUUUCUUGUGUCCUCUGUGUUUUUGCAGAGAGUGGUUCUUCUUGUUGUCCCAUGAAGUGCUGAACCCCAUGUACUGUCUGUUUGAGUACGCCGGCAAGAGCAACUACUGUCUGCAGAUCAACCCGGCCUCAGCCAUCAACCCCGACCACCUCUCCUACUUCUGCUUCAUUGGACGCUUCAUCGCAAUGGUGAGCUCAGGUUCUGAAAACAUGAAUGCCCACUUGAACAGAAAUGGACUGAUAUUUAUCCGUCAAAUGUAGCCAUUAAAAUGAAAAGUGUUCCAAUACAAGGAAAGAUGCAGAUAAAAACUGUGCACCAUCUUUACGAACUCAGACUGCGUUACAUUUAAAUUUGGACCAGCCCAGAAAAUAAACAGUCUGUCUUUUAUAUUUCUGUCUCUCUUCAGGCGCUGUUUCAUGGAAAGUUCAUCGACACCGGCUUCUCUCUGCCUUUCUAUAAACGGAUGCUGAAUAAGAAGCUGAUCCUCAAAGACCUGGAGUCCAUCGACCCCGAGUUUUACAACUCACUGAUAUGGAUCAGGUGAUAGAAACACCCCCAACCACCAACAAAUGCAAAAUGCAAUAUGAGCUUGUUUAUUUGUUUGUUUUUUAAUCUCCUUUACAGAGUUUCCACAGGUCCCAAAAAAGUCCCAAAUUAGAUUUAUAAAAUUGAAGGCCUUAGCACAUCUUAAAAAGUCCGAUUUUCACUGAUGAGAAGUUUUAAACUUAUGAUGGCGCUUUGACUGAAAUAUGUCUUUGUUAAUGAGAAUGGUUGCUCUGUCCUGGUUUUAUGCAAUUUAUUUUCCUUCAGCAAAAGUAAAGUGGGGGGGGGGGGGUAAUCUGUAAUGUCGGUUUGUUUGGAGUCAGGUCUGAUCAUCUGUAGCAUCUGCAGAGGAACAGCCUGGGUGUGAGCAGUUUGUAUUGUACUGAUUAAAGAGCAAUUUAGUAGCAUGCAUAUGAACUGAUUAGAUUUACCUAACUUGAAUGUACUUGAAAGGUGCACUCAAUGAUGUUCAUAUCUCCAAAAAUACCUGGAUCAGGUUUAGACUUGUGUUUGGGUCUACCACAAGGACACUGUGGUAAAUGUCUCUGAUUUGAAUGAGUUACAAGGUUAUCUCUAUUUUCUCAUUCUGGAUGGAAGCAAAGCUGAAGUUUUUCUUUUUUAGAAGCAUUUUCUGUCAUUGAGUUAGACUUCCUCUCUGUUAGCCCUGAAAUAAAGACAGAAUUUCUGAUUCUGACUCAGCACUCACACUGACUUCUCCUCUCAGGGAUAACAACAUUGAGGAGUGCGGUCUUGAGAUGUACUUCUCAGUGGACAUGGAGAUCCUGGGAAAAAUCACAUCCCAUGACCUCAAACCUGACGGCGCCAACGUUCUGGUCACAGAGGAAAACAAGGAGGAGUAUAUCAGGUACAGAAACACUUAACUCUUCACUGUAUCUGAUCCUUGAGCUCCAGUGUGAAGUUCAACUUAUGAAGUCCUCUUUUGUUAUUUUUCAGUCUGAUGGCAGAGUGGAGAUUCUCCCGUGGUGUUGAAGGUCAGACCAAAGCCUUCCUAGACGGCUUCAACGAGGUGGUUCCUCUUCAGUGGCUUCAGUACUUUGAUGAGAAGGAGCUGGAGGUGAGCAGAGAGUCUGAUACAAGCUGAGAGGAAACAUUUUCUAAGCUCUUUUAAAGACCCCUGUGUGUUUAUUUGAUCCCCCGCUGUGAGUGUGUGUUCAUUCACGUGUGUGUUUGUCCAGGUGAUGCUGUGCGGCAUGCAGGAGGUGGACCUGCAGGACUGGCAGAGGAACACAGUGUACCGACAUUACACAAGGAACAGCAAACAGAUCAUCUGGUUCUGGCAGGUGAGAGUUCAUGUUGAUAUCACCAGAUCUUUGUUCUGGAUGACUCAUGUUAUCUGAUGCCUAAUGAAUUGUGUGUCUAUGCAUGUGUGUGUUUUCAUCCUGCAGCUGGUCAAAGAAGUGGACAACGAGGUGAGACUGCGGCUCAUGCAGUUUGUUACAGGAACCUGCAGACUCCCUCUGGGCGGCUUUGCUGAGCUCAUGGGUCAGUGAGAGAAAAACACUCACAGUUCCACAUUCAUCAUCUACAGUGUCUCAUAUUUCUAAGCUUUGCUGUUUAAAGUGACUAACAGGUACAGAAUGUUUUGAAAGUAGCUUGAUUUGCAGUUUAGAGGCAGAUUAUAACAGCUGUAAUGUGAUCCACGGGGUAAAUCUCAGGGAGCUACAAAACAUACUCACGUUGAUAAUGUUUUGACUGUGUUUUUUACACUUUAAUGUCCUCUGUCCUGCAGGAAGUAACGGUCCUCAGAAGUUCUGCAUUGAGAAGGUGGGGAAGGACACGUGGCUUCCUCGGAGCCACACAUGGUGAGUGAAGCUCUCUUUUUCUGGUUCAUGGGUGCCUGGUUGUUACACUUUCAGCAUUCUGAUACAACACCAGCAAAAACCAAACAAUGUCAUCAUCUAUUUCAAUCACAUGGUGAUAGAAUUGGAACUCUUGGACAUCCAAAAUGUUUUAGUCACUGAACACCGACUAAUACUCGACAUGCUGUUAAUAAAGAGGCAUAAUUAAAAAGACGUUCUGCAUCACUUUUUGGGCCAAUAAUUAUAUCCACAGAUAUUUCAUGUUUGAUGAUUAAACUUUGAAGCUGUUGCCUGCAGAUACUGAUAUUCUGCCAAAAAUAUGGUUAAUCUCUAUUAUAUAAUGAUUCUUAAAGGCAGGGGUGUGGAGUGGAAGAGCACAGAUUUCAUCUUGGAUACACAAAAUGGGAUUUCUAAAAGCAGUGUGUUUGCUUUGCAUGUUUCAAACCUCUUGUAAUACUGACAGUUUUUAUACAGAUUAGUGAUUUCUGGUCUUAGGGAGGUGGAGUGAAAAGCUUAUACCCUGUAAGUACUGCCGCACAGUUACCACAAACUAGGGGUGGGAGAAAAUUGAUACGGCAUAAUAUUGCGAUAUUUUGUCUGGUGAUAUAUCGUAGUGUCUCAUUGACCAAGUAUCGAUUUUUCAAAUUAAUUGCUAAUAUGAAUUAAAAUCUAUGAUAAUAGAAAAAUAAAAUCAACUGUUUGUCCAGUGAGGUUGGCAGAGGUGACAUCAUAAAGCAGAAGAAAGUUAGUGCAAGAUGUGCUACAUGAAAAUAAAAUACUGUAAAUAAGAGAAACAUGAAGGAAAGACAAAUGCUAAAUUAGCUAAACAGCUGAAAAAUGGUAUAAAUCACAAUAUAAUGUAUCGCAAUACUCACUGUAUUGCAAAAUGUUAAAAAUCGCAAUAAUAUCGUAUCGUGGCCCAAGUAUAGUAAUAAUAUCAUAUCGUGGGGCCACUGGUGAUUCCCACCACAAACCCUUAGCAGAUGCUGAAAACUUGACUCUAACUGCGAGUGUCUGUUGGUGUUUAUGAGUUAGAUGCUUUUAGCACAGAAAGAUGCAGAUUUUGCUUCACAGUAGUUACUCAAAUACACAACCAAACAGCACCAGAAACAUUUGCGUGCACUUUGAGAAUUAGGUGAUACAGUUUUUUUUAUACAUGGUUUUGGUUUUUCGUUUACAUUUCUACUCAAUGGCAGAGGUUGAGCCUCCAAGCUGGCAUCAUUCCUCAGGUCAUCAAAUGUCAGCAUGGUUAGCUCAUAGGCAGAAGCCAACUUCAGAUUUAUCAGUUAUAAAGGGACAGUGCCCAUAGAGAAUAUGUUUUCUUCUGAUCCCUUAUGGUCUCUCUGUGUCUCCUCAGUUUUAACCGUCUGGAUCUGCCGCCCUAUAAGAGCUACGAGCAGCUGAAAGAGAAGCUGCUGUUCGCCAUCGAGGAGACUGAAGGAUUCGGCCAGGAAUAGAGGGACGAGUCCUCAAGUUUCUCUCUCCCUUACCCAUCGCUGAUAUUUCAGCCAAGUCAAACAAAAAAAAUUGCACAAGAUAACCACCAAUGUAUAUAAGCUAUUUUGUCAUUUUAAACCAAAUCUUAAUUUGCAGCAUUAUUUAUGCAGCAGCCCUGAAUAUUAUCUUAUCCCCUCCUCAUCAUGAAAUAUGCAAGCAUUUCAGCUCGUCUGUUUAAGAACAGAAAUCAUGGAUAUUUUUUUAAUUUCCUCCCACUGCUGACUGGCUUUUUAAAAAAGAGACUCAAAGUGUUUUGGAGAGGAUUUUAUAGUGAAAGCGUGGUCUUCGUUCGUUUAAAGCUCUAGUUCUAUAGAGCUUCUACAAAAAGAGUAGUGUCGGGGUCCGGUGCCUGAUUUUUCUUUUUCCCCCGUUGGACUCGUAGUAAAUGUUUGCGUGCUUGCAUGGCUGCCUCUGAAGAUGAGAAGACUGCUGUGAGCGCCCUCCACACACACACACACACACACACACACACACACACACACACACACACACACACACACACACACACACACACACACAAAGAUAUUUUAACACUCACAGCAUAAUUGCAAGCUUUUAUUUUAACAUUAUCAACAAAAAAGCAGUGGACUGAAUCCUGGCUGCCGUCCCAGAAGAGAGAAGCAUCAGCUGAUUCUCCAGUUUGUGUUCAGAGAAGAAAGACUGUGAGGUGGAUGUCUUUAUUUAUCAAGAGGAGUAUGGACGCUGGAGGAAGAUGUUGGAAAUAGAAGUAAAAGAGCGAUUUGUGUGUGUGAGUGUGUGAGAUGGUGUGCGGCCUGAUGUUUGAGCCACAGACUUUUGAUUCAAAGAUUGAGCUUCUUUUAGAUGAAACAGCAGAAGAGACAAAAAAACAGACGUCCUGGCUCAGUGGAUCCUGUGAAUUUUCAUUUUUGCCUUUUUGAGUCUUCGGUCAGAGCUUCACAGAACACCAGAUAGGACUACUGAAUGACACAAAAAUUACACAAAGUCCUGUUUGUAACCUUUGCCUUGUUUUUAAUUUAAAGUGACAAAAAGUUUGAGAAACACUCCAGUAGAUUUAUUCAGUCAGUGACCAUGAAGCAGGUUGGUUUUUAUUGCAGCUGGUGUCAGUGCUGCAGGGCUGUAGUCAUCUACUGGAGCUGCUUUGAAAUGUUUCUGUACUUUUUUGUCAUUUAGACCUCAAAAUAUAUUUAAAAAUCAUUAUAACAUAGGGCCAUGGUUAAAAAUGACAGAAUGUCACUUAACCCCUAUGUUGCAUCUGAUGUUAUCACCAUAAAAUGAUGCAGAUAAAAACUGAAAGUUUGAUCAUUUAUAUCAAAAAGAUAUAUUAUAUUUUAAGCCCCUCAUCAUUUUCUUCUUAAAGCAUCAAUCUGAUAGAAAUGAACAGCCCUGCUAUGAAAAUGAGAUCACUUGAGGCACAUUUAAACCCUGAUAUAAAUAUUGCACACUGGCUGCAGAAAUGAAAGCUCCACGGCAGUUUGUAUUGAUUUUAGAGUGUUGACCAGGUUGCACAUCUGCACAGUAUUAUAAAGACAAAUGAAAAUGUGGACAGCAGACAGUGAGACUGCAAAGAUCAGCUCGAGUUCAGAGCCACUCUCAGGUUUUGUGCAGAAAUGAGAAAGCUUUAACGUGACACAAGUGUGUGUUUAUAUCAGUGAGGUGUUGGAAAGCCAGAAAACUUAUUGAGACACUAACACAGAUCAGAAGAUGUGCAGACCUCCCACAGUGCAGCCAUCACCUGGGGACGACGAUGAUGAUGAUUUUAUUAUUUUAUUCCCGCUCACUGCUCGCCCGCCCUCUCAGCUUCAGGAGACGCUUCAUAAAAGUCAAACUCUGGUGCUUCUUCUAUCAGCUUGUGGUCUGAACACAGGAUGAAGAAACGCAGCCCGACCUCUUUGUUUUUCUUUGCAGGAGGAGCUCAUGAUCGCUCAGAUUAUCAGCCGUGUAAAUAACAUGUAGUUCUGUGGAGGGACGACAGUCUGAAGACAAACAUCCACUGUAGCAAAAGGAGUCCAAACUGCAGAACUUUGUGCUUCCUUUUGAACAGAAACCUGUAAUCAAAGAAAUCAAACUGUGUCUGUGAAUAUUCAUGUAUAAAGAAAAUGAAAGUAAAUAAAGUACUUAUUAAAUAUUAUAAUGAAUACACAGAACCGCCGCUCCAUUGAUGGAAAUCUGUGAUGCCUUUGUUCUUACCAGAAACAGACGGGACGUUUCAGGCCGCCUCCGUCUUAAACAGGGAGAGUUUGACCUGCUCAGGUGUGUUACCUGUGAAGAUGUGUGUCCUCUCAGUGAUGCUGCAGAAAGCCUCUGUGUGUGUCUGAGCGGCAGGCCGCCUGAAAACGUCCAAACUGUAACAUAUCGCGUGUAGAUACACACUGUAAACACACACCACACUGUACAGAAUGCCCCUUUACUGGAGACCAUGUGUAUAGAGAUUCAUUUUUAAUCUGCUUUCAGCCAUUUUAAUGAAGAGAGAUGGAUUUAUGAAAAACAAAUAAAUAAGAGAAUAAACCCCUCCAUGAUUUCUCUUUCUAUCUCUGUUUUUUUUGUUUUUUGUUGUUGUGAGUAUGAAGGGGAUCAAAUCAUUGUGUUAGGAUUCACAUUGAAACCGUUUUUAUUCUCCUCUCAUAUAAAAGUCAAACAAUGCUUUUUCUCUCUCUCAGUUUAUGCUCUUAAGUUCAUCACUUUAGUGGAAAUAAUAAAUGUAAUUGACCAUCUUUGCAGCUGCCUUAGGUUAAUAUUCGAUCAUUUUUCUAUCAAUGAAGCUUUAAUAGAGGAGUUUUAUUAAAUCUGGUCUCUGCAGGCUCCCAGUGUUACCACACACUUCAAUAAAUCAAAAUAAAAUCAAAUAAAAAUAAACGCUGUUAUUUUUUAUUGCUAAAAAGGACAUUUCCAACAGUUUUUGUUGCCUAAAGUUUCAUGAACAGCACAAUUCAAGGCCAUUAUUUAAAUUAGGUUAAAAGUUUGAGUCCUAUUUGAAGUAAUAAAACCUAAAUUUGAUAGCAUUGAACAUCAUCUCCUGUCUCCUGUCAUGCAUGGCGUUAUUUUGGUUAUAUAUAGGUGUUAAAGCUACUAUGAGGAGUUCUUGAUUUCACUUAUUAAACACACUAAAAUUAUUCUUCAUGUUUUUGUAAAACAUGCAAAAGCAAACAAACUGAUGAGGGGGGGGAAAAAGGCUAUUUCUACCUAUUUUAGCUCCUGAAAUUGUCCCUGCAGCAGGGUGGGUUUCAGAGCAGGCUGUCGCUUUACUGUCAGCUUUUUGAAAAGUGAUUCUGCCCAAAAAAAUGCUGCUGGUUUUGCAUAAACGAUGUUUUUGCCAAGAUCAGCUGAGAGGAGAGUUCACUUUUUUGUUCACACAGGGGCACAAAAAGUUCCCUCUAGGGAGCUUUAUCUUUUUUGUUUGUUUUUGGAUCUAUUUAUUCAAUCAUUCAUUCAAUAAUCUUCAUUUAUUUAAUAAUAAUUAAAAAAAAAAACCCUGGCUUUCCGUGUCACUGUUCACUUUUAUGAUCUAAGUUAAAAACUUUCCUUAUUUUUUAAGAAACCUGUUUGAAUUUUAGGACUUUUCAGAACCUUCAAGUCCAUGGACAAAACCAUAACAAAUUGUUUACUUUCUUCUUUCUUUCCCCCAAAUC